GCGACGGGCCGAGGCGCGUGUGCGUCGCCGAAACCCGUCCGCCCGCUGCGCCAACCCCGCCUGCGGCGGCUGGUGGGGCGUCGAGGAGAGCGGAGCCCCGGCUCCCGGGAAGGGGAACCAUGCUGGGCCAGGACGGCGGCCUCUCGCUGACCAUUGCCCAGAUCGUGCAGAGGCUGAAGGGCUCCGGACUCCACGCCCAGCUGGAGCGACAGGCCCGGGUGAGCUGGCUGCCUCCUUUCUUCUCUCUCAGCAUCCUUCCUCACGCCCUGCCCCUUCCUCGCCCUUCUCCUCUUCCUCCCCUCUAGCUCUUUUUUAUAUAUAUAUAUAAUUUCAAUUCUGUAUUGAAAAUAUUUCAGUUCAAAUAAAAGUGAAAAUAAAAUAAAAAAGAAAUAAAAGGCAGCUUGGAAAAAAAAACCCAUUGUCAUUCCAACACAACCGUAUGUAAAUGAAAUUAUUGGGGAAAGACCCCACUGUCAUUCCAACACAACCGUAUGUAAAUGAAAUUAUUGGGGGGAAAACCCACUGUCAUUCCAACACAACCGUAUGUAAAUGAAAUUAUUGGGGAAAACCCCCAAUGUCAUUCCAACACAACGGUAUGUAAAUGAAAUUAUUGGGGAAAACCCCCAAUGUCAUUCCAACACAACGGUAUGUAAAUGAAAUUAUUGGGGGGAAAACCCAUUGUCAUUCCAACACAACCGUAUGUAAAUGAAAUUAUUGGGGAAAACCCCCACUGUCAUUCCAACACAACAAACAGUAUGUAAAUGAAAUUAUUGUUCUUUUUUUGUAUAUAAUUUUUAUUGAAUUUCCUGUUUUACACUCUAAAGUUACUAAUUUUUACGUCCAUGAGAUAUUGAUGACUUCCCUUCUUCUCUUUCCAUGGUUCAUUUUACUUAUUAUAAAUCCCUGCAUAUUUUACAAAAACGAUACCAUUCAGCAUUCCAUUAUUACAUCCAUCGAAACUUAUUUUACACUGUUGAAUUUAUCUUAAUGCUACCAGCAUUUUUAAGUGUACACAAUUUUCACCCAAAUAAUCCAUAAACAUAAUCACCCAAAUAAUCCAUAAACAUAAUCACCCAAAUAAUCCAUAAACAUUUUCCAGUCUUCUUUACAUAUGGUUAAUUUUACAUGGUUCAUUUUAUUUUAUUUGCUCAACACACAGUAAAAAAAGACAAAAUAAACCAUGGUGAAAGUACCAUCAGUCACGCCUUACAUAGAGAAAUAAUAAAAGUUUCAUAAUCCUUGAACUGUAAUGGUCUCUUCUUUAUAUUUCAUUUUACAUGUCGUAAAUCCCUGCAUAUUUUACAAAAAAUAUACCAUUCAGUAUUCCAUUAUUGCAACCAUAUCUAUAUCUAUAUCCCUGUUGUAAAUAAGUUUUUAGCUAAGGUUAUUGUGAUAUUGAUGGAUUUUGUACCUGCUAGCUUUAGGCCCCAGUUCUAGGCUACCUGGCUAGAGGAUUUCCAAGCAUAUUGGGUGGGAUAUUCAUUAAUUAACUAAUAUGCAUGUGUGGAUUAAGGAAUACGGGAGAUAAUGAAAUAUAAUCUCACCACUCGGCAAUGCCAUGUCGGUGCAUUCAUGGGAAAAGGGCAUCAAGCAAUGCCAACAGAUCCUCACAAAGCUUAAUGGCUUCCCAGCCUAGUACCGUAUUGGCUUGAAUAUAAGCCUCACUUUUUCCCCAAAUUCCGACCGUGAAAAGUUAAAGUGCAGCUUAAAUUCGCGAGCUUACAAAAAUGGGCUUUUACAAUAUUGCUGCUGGAACAGACAUACGGUAAAAUGGAACGGGUGUAGUGCCUGCAGAAUUUUAAGGGAGCGGCUUAUAUUUGGGUACAGUGGUGCUUCAGGUUACAGACGCUUCAGGUUACAGACUCCGCUAACCCAGAAAUAGUACCUCGGGUUAAGAACUUUGCUUCAGGAUGAGAACAGAAAUCACACGGUGGUGGCGCGGCGGCAGCAGGAGGCCCCAUUAGCUAAAGUGGUGCUUCAGGUUAAGAACGGACCUCCGGAACGAAUUAAGUUCUUAACCCGAGGUACCACUGUAUUGUCUCUCCCCCCCCUUGAAUUUUAAAGAUGCGGCUUAUAUUCGGGCCAAUACGGUAUAUAUCUUUGGUCCAAGAAAUUGUUGUAAACAAAUACGGCUGGAGAAGCCUUAAAAGUUUUGCUUGAUAUGUAUUUGUUCUCGGAUGCCUCAAGCAGAAAAAACUGGUUUUCUUUUCCUUUGUGUUCAGCUUUAUAGUCAUAGGGUUUCUUCUUCUUUUAAUCUGAGACAUGUACCGUAUUUUUCACUCUAUAAGACGCACCAGACCACAAGACGCACCUAGUUUUUGGAGGAGGAAAACAAGAAAAAAAAUAUUCUGAAUCUCAGAAGCCAGAACAGCAAGAGGGAUUGCUGCGCAGUGAAAGCAGUAAUCCCUUUUUCUGUUCUGGCUUCUGGGAUAGCUGCGCAGCCUGCAUUCGCUCCAUAAGACGCACACACAUUUCCCCUUACUUUUUAGGAGGGAAAAAGUAAGUCUUAUAGAGCAAAAAAUACGGUAAAUAUGGGGUAAACUUUUUGAAGUUGAGAGAAUAUGUUUGGAAACUUUAUCACUAGUCACCGAUGUCACUGAUGAAUCUAAGCAACCUAAUAAAAUUACGAAGGUUGAGAUCUAAUGUAGUUUGAGUGGGCUCCCACUCACGCAAUGGGACUCUCCACCAUCCUGCAGUCCCCUGUGCACCCCUAAAAUCUGUUGGGAAGGGUUGGGGGCCCCUCAAGCAGAUUUAGGAGGUACACAGGCUGGAGCAGGAAGACGAUAAGUCCCUUUGCACAAGCAGAUUUCUUUUUUUCAAGAAGGUGGACAUUACUGGAUUAUCCCAGAGUAAUGAGCCUUCACCUGCCGGUGGGACCUCCAAUGCAUUUUUUGACCUGUUUUAUACAUGUUAUAUAUUCUGUUUUAUGUAUGUUAUGUAUUCUUCCUGCAAUUAAGGCCAUUGAUUAAUUUGUGAUAAUUUUCUCUUAUGUUAAAAUUAGGAGAUACUGUUCUUACUGAAGAAUUUGUCUAGUUAUAGUAGCUGGACCCAAUUCUUCCUUUAAUGUGUUUCUUCUUAGUUUACUUGUUAUUAAUGUUUCAUAAACAUUGUAACUUACAGACGGUAAACCUUUUGCUGAUAUCCCUGCAAUUUUGUUUGCUAUAGUUCACUACUUCCUUCUUUUAGUUUAGAGUGAUACCUGCUACCAAUUUUAAGUCGGGGGUAUUUAUUUACAUGAGUUGCAAUAAAUACCUGUUAUUGCUUUCCAUUACUACAGCAGUAACUAUUUACAGUCAUUCCCUGCUUUCCCUCAUUUGUCUCCUGAAGCAUCUGCUAUUAGAAGAUUCAUCUUUUCCUCAGAUGAAAUCUGCGGUGUAGAAAAUGAUAUUUACAAUACACCUUUAUGUUGAAAUUUAUAGCAAAUAACACACCCUGAAGUAUAAUACCUGAUAAAUUAAGAAAUAAAGUAAAAUUGUUGUCAUUAUUAGUUAGUUGCCAGCUGAUAGAUGCUAUAUGUUUUCAGCACAAAGCAAGUAACACUAAGUUGAGUACCAAUUUGUGGUGCUUCAAAGGUAUGAGAUGGCUAUUAGUAAUGUAUAUGUGAAAUACUUUAUAUAUUUGUUUCCUUGUUGAUAGCUAGCAACAUGUAGGACUCCAGACACUUCAGAUAAUCUUUGAAGUUAUUUCAAUUUUCUGAACUCAAAAUUAAUUAUGUAUGAGUGAGAGAGCUAGCUUUUUCAAAAAAAAAUUAGCUAUUUUCCAUUUCAUCCACUUGGAUGUUUUUCUUAAAUAUGAAAAGUGCUCCCUUCUGCCACAUCAUUCUUUCCAUAGCUAGGAUGCAUAAUUUAAUUGACAAAUCAAAUCAGAUGUCCAGGACAUUGAGUCCUUUAUAAUAUCUAAUAUAUGAUGGUUCACAACAUUUACUGUCCUGCUCUUUGUUUUAGUAGCUUACCUACUUAGAAACAAUUUUGUUUGGUAAAAAAUUGUGGAUUGCAAAAUUAGAAGGAAAAGUGCUGGAAAGGAAACUGUUUAGAUAUUUCAGACAUUUGAUCACUUAACUUCAAAUGGUCACAAAGAUACAGACAGAAAAAAUUAUGGCCAUAAUUUCAUAGGAGCCUUUCAUUGCCGGUUCCCCUUCACACCUUCCAACUGAUCAAAGUCAAAACAUUCCUUUGACUUUGCUCAUAGUGGCUGUGUUAGCACGUCAUGUUAAGCCAUAAUUGAUAUUUAACUAUAAUUUAAUGUGAAUGAGCUGUGUGCUGCUGCAUAUUCAUGGUGCUCAGAAGUCCCUGCUUCACUCUUACCUUGCUCCUAGCUCUGCUGCACAGACAUUUACAAACCUCAUGCCUAGGCUUGUGACAUCUUGUGGAGUUGUUUGUGAUGCAGCAGAAUACAUUUUGGAGGUUUCAACAUUUGCUCUGCCUUAAGAAUAUUUAGGGUAUUGUUUCCCAAUACAGUGGUACCUCGGGUUAAGUACUUAAUUCGUUCCGGAGGUCCAUUCUUAACCUGAAACUGUUCUUAACCUGAAGCACCACUUUAGCUAAUGGGGCCUCCUGCUGCCACCGCGCCGCCGGAGCACGAUUUGUGUUCUCAUCCUGAAGCAAAGUUCUUAACCUGAAGCACUAUUUCUGGGUUAGCGGAGUCUGUAACCUGAAGCGUAUGUACCCUGAAGCGUAUGUAACCCGAGGUACCACUGUAUAUCUAUAGCCGUUUCUAUUAAAAUUUUAAAAUUUUAAUUUUUCUAAAGAAUGCUUACACUUCUGACUUUUUUUAAAAAUCUUUUAUGUUAGCUCAGUCUACACAAUCCAGAAAUUAAGCUAGAAUCCUUGAAGGAAGAUAUUAAGGAAUUUCUGAAGACAUCAGGUUUGUUCUUUAGUUUGUUACCUUUUAAAGUCUUUUAAGGAAACCCAGCCAGACGGGCGGGGUAUAAAUAAUAAAAUUAUUAUUGUUAUCGUUGUUAUUAUUAUUAUUUAGCCUGCCUCACUGCUGAAUAUUGGGGCAGCAUCCACGUACUUGAAGCUUGCUUUACCCCUGUAUUGUAAAUAAAUUUGCCAGUGUUACUGGCACACAGAUCUUGACUAGUCACUUACAGCAAGAGUAAACACCUGAAAGGAAAAACAAACAGCCAGUUCUUUUCCAGUUUCCAAGCUGCCAGUGGCGGACCUUGGGGUCUCAAAUUUUAGCGACAGCCUCUCAUCUUCCAGUCUACUUCAUAGUUGUGGCACCCUCGAGGCUCUGUGCCCAGUGCAACUGAACCAGUCACACGCCCCUUAAUCCAACUCUGGAGCUCCUCUGCCUGCCUGCUCGCUUGUGCAGUCUUUUAGCCAUGUAGUUUUGUGCUGAGGCAGAUGGUUUGCAUGCUAACAGUAUGCGCUGAUGUCAUGUGCAGUGAGGGCCACAACCUUGAAUUGGAAUCCCAUUCAUUUACUUAGAAGUACCGUAUUUUUUGCUCUAUAGGACGUACCAGACCAUAGGACGCACCGGACCAUAGGAGGGGGAGAACAGGGGGGAAAAUUUCUCCCCCUCUCUGCUCAGCGCCCCUUCAGUGAAGCAGCAGGAGAAAUGGAGCCCCUUCCAUUUCUCCUCCCGCUUCACUGAAGGGGCACUGCACAGUUUUCCCUCUCUGUGCAGCGCCCCUUCAGCGAAGCAGGAGGAGAAACGGAGCCCCUUCCAUUUCUCCUCCCGCUUCACUGAAGGGGUGCUGCGCAGAGAGGGGAAACUGUGCAGCGCCCCUUCAGCGAAGCGGGAGGAGAAACGGAGCCCCUUCCGUUUCUCCUCCCGCUUCGCUGAAGGGGUGCUGCGCAGAGAGGGAAAACUGUGCAGCGCCUCUCCAGUGAAGCGAAGCCUGGAGAGCAAGAGGGAUCAGUGUGCACCGACCCCUCUCGCUCUCCAGGCUUCAGGUGGCUAUCUGCAAGCCUUUGGAGCACAGCGGGAACUCCUGCUGCGCUCCAAAGGCUUGCGGAUAGCUGCCUGAAGCCCCCGGAGCGCAGCGGGAGUUUCCGCUGCGCUCCAGGGGCUUCAGGCAGCUUCAGCGAAAGCAACGCAAAGCCUCUGGAGUGCGGGGGGAGCUGAAGCCAAAGAGCCUGUAUUCGCUCCAUAAGACUCACACACAUUUCCCCUUAAUUUUUGAAGGGGAAAAGGUGUGUCUUAUAGAGCGAAAAAUACGGUAAAUCUGUGGGUGCAAGGGAACUUAUCGGCUGAGCAACUGUGUUUAGGAUUGGGGUUUUAGUCUGCAAUCUGUAAAACAAAUACUAUGGGGUAGUACUGUUAAACAAUUUUAGAAUAAAUGAGCAGGGCACUUGUGCUUUUAGAGUGCUUUUGGUAGUGGAACCUCUGUAUGCUUACUUCACUUCAAAGGUUUUUACUCCCAAGUGCACAUAGAAGUUUGAUGGUAUUUUUUAUAAUAUGAGUUCCUCUAACUUUCAUUUUCUAACCUCUUAUUUUACCAGGAUGGGAAAAGAAGCUGCAAAAUGCUGUUUAUAGUGAACUCAGUGUGUGAGUUUGUUUUUGUCUGCAUUUUUAGAGAUGGGGCAUAGUCUUUCUUGUCUUCCUAUCUGCAUGCAUUAUUUGUAAUAUCACUUAAUGUGUACAUCAAAGAAGGCCUUGCCAGAUACUUUUUCAAUCUGCAAUGGAUUAUAAUUUUUGCUUUGUGUAGAGAAUGCCACAGAAAUGAAUAGGGAAAUGGCACAAAAGAGACAUACUGCUUUUUUGUUUUAAUCAUCUUAAUAAAAGUCGAGAUGGUUUUGCUGGCGGAUGAAAGGUUGGUCUCUAAUUCAGUGUAUUUUGAUGAAGUCUGGCUGUAAUAGUAGUGUCCAAUCAGACUUUGUUUAGCCAAUUUAUUCCCUAUUAAAUGGCUCCUAUUUUCUCACUCUAUAGCUUUUAUUUAUGUAGACCAAUUAUAACACCACAAGCUUCACUCUGAAGCUUGAAAUGCUCUCAGUAUUAAGUGAGUGGAUACCUCAGAGGUUUCGGAGUUAUCUUUCACUUAAUGCUGGAAGAGUUUUUCAGCUUGGAGUGAGGGGUGGGGCUAGCCGCGAGUUGGGUGUAAGCAAUGUUACAGUUGUUGUGGGGAGAAGAGGAGAAUUGCACCCUAACAUCUUAGCUAUGGGGGGAUAUGUUUCCCAAGUCGAACAACCUGGCAAUCUCAGAUGUCUAGUGGCCUGGUACUAUGGCUUGAUGUGUUAGGAAAUAUAUACUGAAUAGUCAUGACUUGAACCAGGCAUAGGCAAACUCGGACCUCCAGAUGUUUUGGGACUUCAACUCCCAUCAUCCGUAGCUAACAGGACCAGUGGUCAGGGAUGAUGGGAAUUGUAGUCUCAAAACAUCUGGAGGGCCGAGUUUGCCUAUGCCUGACUUGAACCAUGGUAUUAGACUUGCUUCGUUUGAACAUAAUUCUGACAGAGUACCAGGAGAAUCUUUUAGUGAUGGAGUAAGAAAUGAAUUCACUCCCUGUCUCCCCUCUCAAGUAUGUUUUGCUGUUUUAAGUUUUUUUAAAAAAGAUAUGCAAUCCAAAAAAGGCUGAAAUUAUCUGGUAUUAUGACUGUGCAUGUGUCUGAGUGGCCCAUCGUGGGUUUGUUUUUCCAGUAAAUUAUUAUAUUUUGUUCAACGCAGAGUUAAGUAAUGGGAUGUAGUAAUGUUUCACAAGGCUGGUGGCCGUGAAUUGAGGAUGAUUGCUUGUUAUCUCAUUAGUGUCUCUGAAAAUGAUUGUGGUGGUGAUGCACUCAAUCUUUUAGCAUUAACUCUGAAGAGAGAAUCAAAGUAAUAAAUGGAGUAAAAACAAAACCUGUUGUUGCUUUCCUCCUCAAGGUUCCCUUUACCAUGCCACCCAUCAGCCCCUCCUGAACACACCAAAGAAUCUUUGGCUUACAUGAGGAAAGCCCAGGUUUGCUGUGAUUUAAUUUUACUAUUUGUAUUUAAGUAUUGUCAUACAUACUGUAUUUGUAUACAGUUUUAAUAGGGAUGUGGGUGGCGGUGUGGUCUAAACCACUGAGCCUCUUGCGUUUGCCGUUCAGAAGGUCAGCGCUUCGAAUCCCCACGACGGGGCGAGCUCCCUUUGCUUCGUCCCAGCUCCUGCCAACCUAGCAGUUCCAAAGCACACCAGUGCAAGUAGAUAAAUAGGUACUACUGCGACGGAAAAGUGAACAUCAUUUCCGUGUGCUCUGGUUUCCGCCACUGUCUCCCGUUGCGCCAGAAGCGGUUUAGUCAUUCUGGCUACAUGUCCCGGAAAGCUGUCUGUGGACAAAUGCCGGCUCCCUUGGCUUGAAAGCGAGAUGAGCACCGCAACCCCAUAGUCGCCUUUGAUUGGACUUAAGCGUCCAGGGGUCCUUUACCUUUACCUUUUUAAUGGAAGUGUUUCUGUAUGUCAGGGGUGGGAAACCUGUGGAUUGCAGCUUCCAUCACUACUGAGCAUUGACCAAGUUGGCUGGGCCUGAUGGAAGUUGGAGGGCCAUCAGUUGCCCACCUCUGCUAUAUGUCCUCAGAGUGGGACCUAUAAGCAAUAUGGAAUACUCCAGUUCUGGAUUUUUAGAGGAAAAAGCACCAGAGUAGUGCUGCCAAGCUAGCACGAUUGCACCUCUCUAUUUUAAAGUGAUGGUUCUGGGGAUGAAACUAUAUGUAACAUGGACCUGCAUGUGUUCUGUGAUUUAUCCUUUUUUAAAAAAAGUUUUUAGAAGGCUGUAAUGUUGAUCAGAGGGAUGGAGCAUCUUUCUCCUGCUCUGAUCAAGGCUAUAGUCUUCUUAACCCCCCUGAUCUAAGCUAUGGCUUUUUUAAAAAAGCAAUUGUUUAUAUAGAGAAAAAUUCCAAUCUCCUCCACAAAUUACUCAAUGGCUUUGGUGAACAGCAUGGUAAACCAUAUCAGUGGCAGUUGGGAACAGUAACUAGGCCAAGCCAACUUGCUGUCAACCUGUGUCAACCCCUACAAGACAGUUUGGUGGCACCUAUUCAGUGGGUACAUUGCCUGUUUGAGGAAGUACGGCAUAUAUCAUAUAAUAUAUUUAGUUUUUCUUGGUGUUUGGUGUUAAUUGACUCUGUUUCAUAUUUCAUGGUGCUGCAAGUCAUUGCACUUUUUUUGUAUAAAAUGUCAAAUAAAUGAAAUUGUUAUUGUCAUUUUUUAUUUAUUAUACAGUUAAGCUAAAAAGUAAAACACCAAUUAAAAAUUGAAAAUAGAUGGAAAGAUGGAAACGUUAUAUUGAUUUGUGUCAUCUGUUGCAGGGAAACUGGGAAAAACGCAUUCUGAAGAGCCUCAAUAGUAUGUGUACAGAACUCGGCAUUCCAUUAGCACAAAAGGUAGCUUUGUUAAUUUAUUUUACUGUGAAUGCUGCACUUAGGCAAAGCUAGUCCUAAUUUAAUGGGGUGGAGGUGGAUUUUUAAUCCAUGUUAUUAAAUGCUAACAGAAACUUUUGCUUUUUGUUCUUCGUUGGCUUAUUGCAAAAGGCAUUUUUUUUAAUGAUUUACAGAGAUCAAUCAAUGAGCAAAAGGAACUUCUAAGUAAAUGGAAUGAAAUGGGAACAGAUGAGCCAGGUAUGUGAAUCCUACUUUAUGCAAAUAUGACUUUAUUUAGUUGUGCCCCACUGCUGAUAGAGAGGCUUUUUUAUUAUUUAUCUGAUCCAUUUACAUAACACUCUUAAUUUAGAAAAUACCAGAGUGGUUCACAAAUAGUAAUAUAAAAUACAGAACCACAUAACAAAAUUAAGAUAUAAAAAUCAUUGCAAUGUUAAACCAGCAGCAAGAUAAAACAUUCCUAGAAAGGUUCCCUGUGCCUGGUUUAACAGCGAUUUCAAGAAGACCUGAAGGCCAGAGUAGAAAGGUAAUUAUCUAACAUGACUGGAUUGACCUCCUGUGAAUCUAUUAUGGUUGGCCUUAGGGUUCCAGUGACCCUGAAGAAAGGUUGGAACCAACCAGUCCCCUAGAAAGUGCAGCUGAAGGCUUUCUUUGCCGCUGCCAAUGCCACCUGGUAGGUGCGAUUAUGUGCUUGCACCCACACUCUGUCAUAUUCACUGUAAGAUUUCCACCGCCUGCAUUCUAGUUAUCAUCAGCCCUUGCUAUCUUGCUCUCUGAGAAACCCAGGGACCUGCCCUGGCUCCAUAGUGGCAGAGACGACGGAGGCUUCUGUAAGUAGAAAGGGAGGGGAAACACAAAUUCCUCCUUUUCCCCCUGCAUCCCUCGAGCCACUCCCUAUUCUGUUCCAAAGGUUCCCCAACCCUUUAUAGGUGAUGGGUGCAGAGGGAAGGGGAAGAGUGAUAAUAAUAAUAAUAAUAAUAAUAAUAAUAAUAAUAAUAAUAAUUUUAUUUAUAUCCCGCCCUCCCCAGCUGAAGCCGGGCUCAGAGCGGCUAACAACAGUAAAGUAAUACAGCAUUCUAAAAUCAAUUCAUUCUAAAAUCAGAUCAAAAUCAAAUUAAUGGCAACCAUUGGGCUAGAGUUCUGUGAACAUUACCAAAGGGGGGUUAUAAAAUUCCCCCACCUUUCCCAUUUCUGCUCAUGGAAGCCUCCACCAGUUCACAAAGCCUUCUGUCAGUGAAUGUCAGGGACUGGGCAAAGGAGGAAGGGUGGAGACCGCCUCUCCAGCCUGACCCUUCCAGAGAAGAAGACAGUUCAGAAUUAGAACAGGGGAUUGAGGGAGGUCGCAGCUCAGAGGCAGAUGAGGGGAAAAGCUGGGAAAUGAUGGGAGAGGAGGAGGAGGAGAAGGAAGAAAAAGAAUACCAGGGGGGAGACAGCUGACGGACUCAGUGUCUUUAGAAAGCGUCGCAGACCCCCCUUCCCAGAACCCGGUGGGCCUUGAAAGUAGGAGAGCAAAGAGCUCAAAGGCAGAGGGUACUUUUCAGCACCCAUAGUGAUGACGCAUGAGGAAGUGAGAGACAGAGAGGGUGGAGAUUGACUCGGGACAACGCCAUUAUUCCAAGAAGCUGCAUUCCCAAGCUUCUCUCUGUGAAUAUUGAAUAAAAGCGGAUGGUAAGGACUUUCCCUUGUAUUGUCCGUUCCUGGCAACCUGCUGUGGGGGUUGGUUCUUCUGCCGCCUGACAGUGAAGGGGCACAAAUUAAUACAUCUCAUUGAUAUCAUUCAGUACUUUGUACUUCAGUGUAGUGUAAAUGUGCAUGUGUAAGCCUAACAAAUGUUGUAAUAAAAAUAAUACAGAAGUGCUCGGGCUACUGAAGUGCAUUGCCUCCUGAUCCACUCCCAAGAGAUAGCCCAGAAGGAUACUAUGGCAUCUAAAGCUGCUGAGAGGUCCAGCUCAGCUAAUGGAGUUGCAUUUCCCUUUUCCAUCUUUGUGUGCAGGUUACCCUACAAGGGUGAGAAAGUUGCUUCAAAUCUCAAACUCAGACUGAAAAGCAGUCUGCUGAAGGUCCAGCUUGGCAGCCCUACAGCCACAUGUGGCCUUCAGUUUAAUUUCAAAAGCCUCUGGAUCUUACUAUCAUCAUAAUAAUAAUUUCUUAUUUAUACCCUGCCCAUCUGGCUGGGUUUCCCCAGCCACUCUGGACGGCUCCCAACAGAAUAUUAAAAACAAUAAAACAUCAAACAUUACAAACUUCCCUAAACAGGGCUGCCUUCAGAGGUCUUCUAAAAGUCAGAUAGUUGUCUAUUUCCUUCCCAUCUGAGGGGAGGGCAUUCCGCAGGGUGGGCACCACUACCAAGAAGGCCUUCUGCCUGGUUCCCUGUAACCUCACUUCUCUCAGUGAGGGAACCGCAAGAAGACCCUUGGAACUGGACCUCAGUGUCCGGGCUGAAUGAUGGGGGUGGAGACUCUCCUUCAGGUAUACUGGGCCGAGGCCGUUUUAUACUUUCUUGGUGAGAUUAAAUUUAUUAAGGAUUCCAAAGUUCACCAUUGAGCAUUACCAAAACAUCAUAAAACAGUGAGCGAGCUUUUGAGUUUUUCAGAACACUUCAUUAGACUAGAUUUUCUAAAACAGGGUGGAGAUUAAGCUGUAGUUAAAUCCAUGAUAUCUGCAUUUAGUUCUGCACCCUAAGAUUGAGAUUGCAGACUGCUUAAAUUAGUGUCUCCUAGGUACUGGCAGAAUUCUGGAAGGAAGUGGCAGUAUCUCGUGUAGAUGUGGAUAACAUCUGGCCUUUAUGUUAGCUUUUAACAGCUGUCUUCGCACUUCAGCUGAUACUUGAUGAUAAGAUUGCAUGCUUCAGAAUUUGCUUUGAAUGUAUAUUCAAAAUUUAUGUUGAUAUGAACACAUAUUGCUGUAAUUAGUAUUAGGCGAAUUUAUCCAUCAGUGGUUCAUAACCGUUUUUUGGAUCAUGGACCCCUUUGAGAAUCUGAUGGAAGCUGUGGACCACUCCCGAUAUUUUUCCCCACAAAGACAAUUCUUUUUAAUCAAAUAACUUUAUGUAUCUUAUUAAUUUCAGAUCUAAGUCUCUUCAGGCCCGUUUACGCACCUAAAGAUUUUCUUGAGGUAAUAAAAAAAUAAAGUUAGAUCUUCAAUUAUGUAUUUAUAGAUCUUUAUACAAUAAAAUAUGAAGGGUCUUAUUGGAGUUAUGAAGUUCAUAUAGACUUUGCCAGUUCAAAGCAACGGCUUAAACUACAGGCAUGGUUAUGGAAGUAAAAUGAGGAAACAAGGACUGGGAAAUCUCUAAAAGCCGAAAAGGUUUGUGGUGUUGCUCUAUGGCAAGUGUAGGGAAACACAUGCUUGGGGGCUUAAUUUCCUCUCUGACUGGCCUCAGCAUUCUUGCCAGGCCACUUCCUGUUUCAUAACCUCCUUGAGCGUUUUUGCCAUAAAUUCCAUAAACUGGGCCGGAUUCAGCUACCCUGGCAUACUAGCGGAAGACAGUGUAAGGCUUCCUGCUAGUACAGUGGGCUUACUCCUCCCCUUCUCUUUCCCUGCCCCGCAAAAAAAUAGAUCAGCUCUGGAUGGGCCAGGAAAACCCUCAGAACAGUGGGGGGGGGGGGGGAGACGGGAGAUUGUUUCCUCUGGCAAGCAGAAACGCUUGCACUGCUGAAACAAUCAAAUUAGUGCAAAGUUGAAUUCCACCCAGUAAGCUUUAUCUCGUAAUUUGGGCACAGACGAAAGAAAUGAAACAAACGUUUAGCAAUCAGUCAGCUUGUGUGUCGGCAUUCAAAUUCUGCUCAGCUGUAAGAAUCGCAAUUCAAGAGUCUGUUGCACAGUAGUCUGUCAGUAUAAGGACUGCAUUUCAUCAGAUGGGAAAGUUGGCCGCAGAACAUGGACAGAUGCCUUUUUUGAUGAUCCUCCUUGCCCCUCCAGUGCCCUGAACCCCCUCUGCAACAUCCCCCAAAUCUUCUCCAAACUCCUGAAGCAGAUUGAGAUGGAAUACAGUGGUACCUCGGGUUACAGACGCUUCAGGUUACAGACUCCGCUAACCCAGAAAUAGUACCUCAGGUUAAGAACUUGGCUUCAGGAUGAGAACAGAAAUCGUGCAAUGGCUGCGCAGCAGCAGCGGGAGGCCCCAUUAGCUAAAGUGGUACCUCAGGUUAAGAACAGUUUCAGGUUAAAAAUGGAUCUCCAGAACGAAUUAAGUUCUUAACCCAAGGUACCACUGUAUGGGCAAUUUCUCCCCUGUAUGGCCAACAGAUUCCUUUCUGAGGACAGUCACCACUGGAUCCCACCCAUUGCGUCUUGUAUCUCUGUUCUCACUUGUGUUACUUCAUUGUUUCCUAGGUCAGUAGUUUCACACUUUCCCUGUUCAUUAAACCUCAUUCAUAUUGCCAAGGUAAAUUCCCAAACAACAUUUGGCUAAUGCAUAGCAGUGGCCAAGCUUUCUGGAGCCCACCAUAACACUGCAUAUAUUGCAUUGUUCUACAUUGUAGCUACACACUGCAGGGAGAAGAUCAGUAGUGAUGGGGAAAUGCUUUUCACGAAAGCUUCCCUGUCAUUACGAAUCUUCUUAGCGGUUAGCUCUUAAAGUUUCCAGGGGACUUUCAUGGCUCCCAGAACAGUUUGACAAUCCAUGUCCUCAAUCUUUUGGUCUAGCUAGAGGACAACACAGAGUGUCCUUUGGGGACCCCCCUCCCGUGUGUUUGCCCUGCCCCCAUAUUUAAGGUCAUACGUGCUCGUUUUACCGUGUGGCUUCAGAAGUGAGAGAGGUCUAAAUCCACUUGUGCAAGGAAGAGAGCGACAUAUUUUAAUGAGAAGAGAAGGAAACAACUACUAAAAUCCAAAAUGAAAAGCAUGAGCAGAAGAAACCUGAACCAGUGGCUACAAAAUUGAUUGAUAGAUCUUUUGAACCUGAAAAUAGUAUGGUAUCUUAUUUUCCAAGAACUAUUUCCGUAUGGCAGUGUAAAUCUGCAUUAGCUUGCCUAAUAAAAACAACAGAACAGAAAGCAAGCAUAUGGAUAUGCCGUUUGUGAAGGUAAAUGAAAGUCUCAUAUUUGAAAAAUUCCCUUGUGUAAAUAGGAAUUUCUUUCCACUUUAGCAUUGCAAAUGCCAUUAGUUUGGUUGACUCGUAUCAUAGCUUAAUUUGCAUAUAUUAAUGAACAUUCUAUUGCACUCAUGCAAAUGUAGAUAGAAGGCUUACGUUGCAAGCCUGAACUAUUGAACUUUAUAUGUUCUUGGGUUGUUUUUUAUUUUGCUGGUGGCUUGAAUUAUAAUGUAACUAUAGCAUUUAUCUGCAAUUAAGGCUAAUUAAAUCUCUCUCAGUUUAACCUUAUGAAAACACUUUGCAUGAGUAAACAGUGUUUUGUUAUGUCUCUUGUGUUUUCUGUUGUUUCUUGACAUCUCUUGACAUUCUUUGAAUGUUAACCUUUUAGUGCUUGGCCUGCAUCUAUAAAUUUAUAUUCAGUCCAUAAUCCUGUAUUAACUCCGAGAAAUUAUUCAUGUACAAGCUGGAGUGUUUCAUAUAAACAAAAGAGACCAGAUGAAAAACCUACAGCAGACUCUUCCUGUCUCUUUAACCUUGUCUUUACACAGCACAAGUCCAGAGAUGCAUGAACACUAAGCUUCCUAGGACCAUAGCAUGCAAUCAGAAAUAUUUGACAGUGGCUUACUGUGAUGAAUGAACACGACAACAUAAGAACAGCCUUCUUGAUCAGGCCAAUAGAAAACCCUAACUUGUAUUGCUUUUCUUAAAGGUAUUGAUGAACCUUCGCAAUCCGAAUUAUGAAAACAGUGAGCAGCCUAGUUUUAGAAACCACCUGGGAUUAAUUCAGGUGCCACUGAAAGUGAAGGACAUCCCUGAACUGGUAAUAAUAAUUAUCUUUAAAUAUCAUUCAUUCAUUCAAAAGCAUUUCUAAAACAGUAGAAAUAAGUGUAUAUGAACAAAAGAGCUAGAUUUUCUUAACUGUGAGAUACUGAACAUUCACAGUUCCUGUUUGGGCCUUCAGAUAGGUUGCAUUGUUUUCAGUGGGUGUUCUUGUCCUUUGCUUUAUUGUGACCACUGCCUGCUUAGUGCUCUGAACAACAUUUUGGAGGGGAGAAUGUGGAAAGGACACUUGGAGGGUGAGGGAAUAAUUUGAGUUUACUGAGCUCUGGCCGAGCAAAGGACCCAAGUCCUUGUGUUGAAGGAAGAAGCUGAGUGAGCAAUUUACAUCCAGGGGCAAUGUGAGUUUCCUGGUGGAAAUUUCCUCACUACUUUAUAUGUUUAAAUAAUGCUCUACAGCAGCGGUUCCCAAUUAGCUAAUUAUUGAGGACCCCCUAUUUUUCAAAAGCCAAGCCACGGACCCCCUACUUUUUAAAAUAACGUUAUGGUUGUGACCUCUGCAAAGCAAUUUUUGGAACAAAAUGUGGGGCAACCCGAAAUAUGCAAAGGAUUUUAGGUAUGCUAAAAAACAGACUAGGGCUGAGCUGAGCGUUAUCUGGUUUUCAGCAUCGUGAUAUAUUAGUAGCUAAACAUUGCGAUAUUCUGAUAUAUCACAAUGUCUGAAAUGGGAGAUCAAGCAUGGGCAUGAGAGAAGGAGCAGUCACAGGUAUCGGGCGCGUAGGGUACGUGCAGCUCAGGCGUGGGAAUAAGAGAAGGGGCAGCCGCGGAGAUUGGAUGGUUGGGGGGAGGAGAGGAAGUGGAGUCACCUCACUGCAUGGUUUGAGUGGGAGGGGAUGGGGAUAGCCACCGUCAGUGGAGCAGCCAGCAAAGAGCGUGUCCACUGCGGCUGCCACUGCUUUCCUGCUGACUGAGAAGAGCUGAUCCACCUCAGUGCCAAGGGAAGGUAGUGCCACGAUGCCUUGAAGUGAGGACAAUCAGCUGCCCUGGUCUCCAUCAGCACAAGGGGAAGGCAGCGCCUUGCAAUUGGCUACCCUGGUCUCCUUCAGUAUGAGGGAAGGCAGCCCUGCUCUCCCCUCGCGCAAGGAGCUACAUACUGCUGCGUAUUGCUGGGUGUCAGGGACUGUGUUGCGGAGGGCUGCACUGAGGAGGAAUGGUGGGAGCCUCCCCCUGCUCCUGCUCCAGAUCCUGACUCUCCCCAGGAGCAGGAGGACAAUAUAGCUUUGGAACAGUGGUUUGCAGAGGGACAUAGUUCAGAAGGCAGAAGCUGGGAUAUACUGGAUGGGGAACAGCUAGGGGAGGAAACACUGGAAGGGAGAAGGUUAACAGAUUCACAGACAGCAUUCCUCCACCACCCUCCCCAAAGUCGAGAAGGGCUCAGAAAGUGGCAGAACAGAAACCACAGAGGGGACAAGCUCAGAUUACGAGACGUAGAAGUGAUGUAGGUUCAUAGGGACCGAAGGGGGUGGGCUCUUUAAUUGGGAGCACCGCCAUUAGUAGAAGAUGUGUUCUUUGUUCUCUCGCUGUGAUUAUUAAAGUUUCUAACUGGUAAGAAGACUCCUUUUCCUUUGUUCUGCUUAUCUAUGGCUACAGGGGAGGGAGCUGAUUCCCCAAAGCCUGACACUGGGUCAAAAUCGUUAUUGCGGUGUGAUUUCAAAACCGAAUUUGGCCAAUAUAUUGAAAAAUUGCACAGCACUAAAACAGACCAUAACAUUUGUGAUAUUACCCCUAAUUGGCAACCACUGCCAAUUCUUGCUUUAUUCCUAUGUCAGAGGACGGGGCUAGAUGACAAUUGUAGUAUAAAUCAUAUUUCUAAUUGAUAGCAAUUUGGAGUUUUGUUGACAACUAAUUAAAAUUUAAAGAAAUAUCCUUUGCUGAUAAAAUAUUUGUGGGCUUUUUGUACAUUUUUUCUCAAGAAAGAAUAUUUCAAUGAGCUAGACUUGAACACAGGCCAGCUGGAUAUUGAUGAUUCUGCACAUGUGCCUCCAGGUUAGUGCCUUUGUUUAAAGUAGUAAAAUUGUUCUUGGUUCUUACAAGGAUUUGUGUGAGAUAUAGAUGCUAACGUCUGUUCCAGUGACAAUUCUUGUGUCUUUAUUUGCACUGUGGUAGGAAGAGAUUUGGCAAGUAUAACUUGUAUGGUAAUGAUAGCAGGAAAAGCCAAAACUUACUGAGUACAGUAUCUUCAUUCCUGGAGCCCUCUCUUGGUCGGAAUUUGGCGAAAUUUAAAACACUGCUUUUAUUAAAGCAAAUGUGAGAAGCCUGAUUUGGAAAAUAGCAGAUCCUAGACUGAGUGUAAAUAUUUUAGUCCAAAAAAGUUAGAACUAAUUGUUACUGAGGUAGUAAGCUUUGGUCUUACUACCUUGAAUUAUUACUUUGAAUUAUGGUGCUGGAGGAGACUCUUGAGAGUCCCAUGGACUGCAAGAAGAUCAAAGCUAUCCAUUCUGAAGGAAAUCAGCCCUGAGUGCUCACUGGAAGGACAGAUCCUGAAGCUGAGACUCCAAUACUUUGGCCACCUCAUGAGAAGAGAAGACUCCCUGGAAAAGACCCUGAUGUUGGGAAAGAUGGAGGGCACAAGGAGAAGGGGACGACAGAGGACGAGAUGGUUGGAUAGUGUUCUCGAAGCUACCAGCAUGAGUUUGACCAAACUGCGGGAGGCAGUGGAAGACAGGAGUGCCUGGCAUGCUUUGGUCCAUGGGGUCACGAAGAGUCGGACACGACUAAACAACUAAACAACAACAACAAAGCUUUCGUCUGCACUUCAGAGUGCAAGUGUGGGAUCACAUGACUAGCAGUUUCUUCAGACAAAAUCCCUGCAUAUUGAAAACCAGCUGUCAGGCAGAAUGGUUCUAGUAGUUUAGAACUACAGAUUAAUCCAGAACAGCAAGAGGAAAUGUGUUGCAAUGCUUUAGAGAUGGACAAUGUUAUUGCGGCUAGGGCUUUUAUCUCCAGCAGCAUUCAUACUGUGUAUAGAAUACUCUGUAUACCUAACAUUAUCUUGAUUUAUCUUUAUUCAACUGAUGAAGGACAAAGCUUGUGCUACAGCAAAGUAGUUAGAGCCUCAGGGCAUCUUUUUGUGUUCUAUUUAUUAUCUAACUAGAUUAGCAUAUGCCCUCUUCAGCUCCAUUUCUAAAUUACAGGAAGCUCUCCUUGCUGGUAAUGCAUUCGCCACUUGGAAAUAAUACCUGUCUCAUGAUGGGAAUGAGCAGAUAGCCAUCAAAAUUUAAAUGGGUGGAAAUUAAUAACACUGCUGAUGUUCUAUAACUAUAGUUGAAGCAUCUGUCUCAUGAAUGAGAAAUAGCACAUUUGAAGAACAUUGUUUAUUUUAGACAAUUUUUUUUGGAACCUUAAUUUCCCCCCCUAAGGUGGUUUACAAAAGGAGAGAGUGAAAUAAAAUGAUACUUUAAAAUAGCGCACUAACAGGCUAUACAGGGAAGCUAAGAUAAGGACAUGCACAAACCCAUCUUCUGAAUUUCCAUCUCAUAUAGCGUUCUGAUCACUGUAUCCUCAAACUGCCCUCUAAUCCUCUUAGAGUAGAGAGAGAGGACCAGCAUUGUUUUCCUUUUAAAAAAACCAAACUCUUGCUUCAAAUUACAUUUCGAACGAAAAGGGUAAGGGUUUAAAAAGUAGUUUGGAGGCAGACGGGUGCCAUUUUUCGGAGAGAAAUGUUGCAAAUGUGGAUUAUGAAUGCAUGUUCCUUGGAAUUCUGGUGCACGUAUGGUGCCGUGCUUUCAGUUAAGAUGUUUUGAUAGUUAAAUCAAACGUCCUUCUAUAAAGUUUAAAUAGUUUUGAACUGUUUGCACUCUUUUUUUGCUUUACUGUUUUAGAACUCUUUGAAAAUGAACAUGUACGUAUUGGUCAGAAAGGUAAGAAUUGGAUACUGACUGUAAACAAAUUGCAAGUGUUUUAGGUUUUUCUGUGGGUUUUCUUUGUUUUGUCUGGUAUGAAGCGCAAUAAGGCUGCAAUUCUAAAUACUAGAAAUUAAGUACCACAGGAUGCAUUGGGAUUUCCUUCAGAGUAAACAGCCAUAGAAUUGCACUGUAAAUGAUGUAAAAUAAAAUGUAACUUGUACCUUUUUAACGUGCUGGAACUGCUAGAGAUUUAUGGGUUCUAGAUAAAGAGUGUCACAGCUGGCAGAUUAAAAACGAAGUGUAUGUGUGUGUUUGUUUAUGGCAGCUUUAUUGCAAAUUGCUGAAUUCCUGGUUUGAAUUCUAUUUUAAAAUCACCAGAGUUGCUUCUGUGCACAAAGAACUCUCAUUAAUGUUAAUGGAGUUUAUGUCCCUGCAUCAGAUAAGAAUAUAACUUUAAUUCUUCCAGGUGGUUAGUCGCUAGUGCAAAACCUAAUGAAACACGUAGCACUAAGUCAGCUUGCAGGAUGCUUAUGCCCUUUCAAAUAAGGUCAUUAUUCUACCAGUUGAAAGGAAAUCAACCCUACGCCUUAAUUAAAAGGAAUCAAACUCACAUGGAACAAAUUAUUUUUUCUCUGCCUUUCCUUUCACAAGAGUGACUGUGAAAGGAAUUAGGCCAUGCCCGUGUUACAUUCUCCUCUUCUAAAUUAUAUUAAAAGACAGCAUGACAACUAUGAUAAUUUGGGGUGGGAGGGGAGAAAACCCAAAAUGACAUGCUUUUGAUCGGGCAACCACUUAAAUUAAUAGAAUAUUAUUAAUAUUAUGUUGGGAGCUGCCCAGAGUGGCUGGGGAAAUCCAGCCAGCUGGGUGGGGUAUAAAUAAUAGUAGAUGAUGAUGAUGGAAGUAACCUAGACAUCCGUGACCUCCUUGAUUUAAUAGCAUCAUUUCAGAUCUGUACAAAGUCAUUAAAAAAAUAAUAGUUUGUUUCAAUUCCUCAAAAAACUGAAUUUGGACAUUAUACAAAUAUUGGAUAAUCACUUUUCACUGAAUAUUAAAUGCAAAAAAGGAAGGGGAAGGGGAUGCAGGAGGUACCUGGUAAGUUACAAAUAUGUGGACAGCAGAAAAAUACGAAGUGUGAUUUGUGUUGAGUCAUAAUCUCACUGUGUGACUCAUGCACUGCAAGCUUGACCAAACUAGUCAUCAAAGGUGUUAAUCUUCUCUUGUAAACUUCUCAAGCAGGCCUUUUGUUUUGUUUUGUUUUGUUUUGUUUUUCCAGCAAUGUCCUAAUUACUGAGGGCAGGCAUCAAAGUUCAUACUGAACAGAAGCUCUUCCAUGGUCCCGGAUAGCCUUUAAGCAGGCAUCUGUUACUACUGAGUUAUCUUUGACUUGCUGCUAAUUGGGUAGCCUUAAUAUUCGUGCCACUUACUGCCAGGUGUAGCAUUGUCUCUUUCAAACCUUUACUUUGUGGGUCAAUACUCGGUUUCUCUUUUGCAAUCCAGAUGUUAGGAAGAAACAAGUUAAGUGGCUCAAAGGUACCUUCCGGAGUAGAGAUCUGCAAAACCAAACUAAAUCAUAUAAGCAUCAGUAUGUUGCAUUCCUCUUGUAGCAAGCUGUCUUAAAAGGUAAAGGUAAAGGUACCCCUGCCCGUACGGGCCAGUCUUGACAGACUCUAGGGUUGUGCGCUCAUCUCACUCUAGAGGCCGGGAGCCAGCGCUGUCCGCAGACACUUCCGGGUCACGUGGCCAGCGUGACGAAGCCGCUCCGGCGAACUGGCACCAGAGCAGCACACGGAAACGCCGUUUACCUUCCCGCUAUAAAGCGGUACCUAUUUAUCUACUUGCACUUAAGGGUGCUUUUGAACUGCUAGGUGGGCAGGAGCUGGGACCGAACGACGGGAGCUCACCCCGCUGCGGAGAUUUGAACCGCCGACCAUGCAAUCGGCAAGUCCUAGGCACUGAGGUUUUACCCAGAGCGCCACCCGCGUCCCUAGCAAGCUGUCUUACAUUGAGUUAAAUUUUUGCUCUGUGUAGCUCAGUACAGGGACGCGGGUGGCGCUGUGGGUUAAACCACAGAGCCUAGGACUUGCAGAUCAGAAGGUUGGCGGUUCGAAUCCCCGCGACGGGGUGAGCUCCUGUUGCUCAGUCCCUGCUCCUGCCAACCUAGCAGUUCAAAAGCACGUCAAAGUGCAAGUAGAUAAAUAGGUACCGCUCUGGCGGGAAGGUAAAUGGUGUUUCCGUGCGCUGCUCUGGUUCGCCAGAAGCGGCUUAGUCAUGCUGGCCACAUGACCUGGAAGCUGUACGCCGGCUCCCUCGGCCAAUAAAGCGAGAUGAGCACCUCAAACCCAGAGUCGGUCACGACUGGACCUAAUGGUCAGGGGUCCCUUUACCUUUUAGCUCAGUACAGUAUUGUCUGCCAUAACUUGCAGUGGCUAUCUAAGGUUUCAUACAGGACAUUCUCCGCCACUGAAUUUCACCACUUCCCCCUUUAGCAUGUUCAAUUUCCUUUAUACCCUUGGUUUCUUUAAUUGCCUGUCAUGUCCUGCUGUAAGCUUGUUGUCAAGUGCUGCUCUAUUCCCAUUUAGCGGACUUCGAGCACUUUGAAUUGGAUGGCCCCCAGUUCCUUUUGUCUUCCCCCUAGAAAUAAAUUUUAAAGCUGUUCUGUCACCUUUUUGACCUUAAGCGACAGCAGUUUUCUCUUCACCAGAACCCACAGUCUGCUCUUGUUGUUCUGGGUAUAAAUUAAUAGUUUCCCUUGUCAACUGAUCACUGUCAACUGCUUUUCCCUUUGUAUAAAUGUCAGUUCUCUGACAUACUGUACACCAACCUUAAACCAUGGAUUCUUCAUCUCUCAAGAUAAGAGCUCACUCACCUUCUCUCUUCGCUAAAUAUUUCUCAACUUCAUCCGGGCAAAGAUCAGAAAGGCAGUUCUUUUCCUCUUUCUUCACUGUGAACUAUCUGCUGAUACUUAAUUAUCAAAUGUGUUCUUCCUAAAUACUUUAAAAUCUUUGUAAAAUGUGAGGAAGACUUAGGAACAAUUAUCCGUCCCCAUAAUUGUUAAGGUGCUUCAUUAGAGAACAAAUACUCUUCAUCCUUGAUUCUAGGGAUGUUUUGAGGUGUGAAAAGAACACAACAAAAAAAGCUGGUACUGUGUUCAUGCUAAUAUAUAUUUCAUGAAUAUGGGCAAUUGCAUCUGCUAUUCAUUUCAGACACUUACAAGUGAGCUGAGCCCCUCAGUUUAGGAGAUAAUAUGCAAACUGGGCAUAGAUGUGAUGACUCCAUGCACAUCUGUUUUGGUGUAUAUGGCACAUACUAUUGAAAGGUGGCAUUAAUAAAACUCCACACCUCUACUUAAAACUCCUUUGGCCGAACAUAAAGGACAAAAGCACUUCCAAACUGAAAAGGCUUCCUUUAAUUAGCCAACCAGACCCAAUAAGUAUUUCAGAAAUCUUAUGAUUAAUUGCUUGAAUCCUAAAUUGCGCAAUCAGUUGCCUCGCCAGUUUUUCACACAUACCAUUCAGCCUAACACACCUCAGACACUAUGGAUAUGGAAGAUUUGGAGAUUCUUGAAAGUGACUUUUCAGAGGGUUCAGGGACUUGCAGAUGGUAGAGAAUUGGCAGAAAUACCUGCUAUUCACACAAUGGAAUAUUUGUACAAAACAAAUGGAUCAGUGUAGUAUUUAAUUUGAAAUAUUUAUAGGUCUCUUUUCAGGGUGGAGGGACGUGGGUGGCGCUGUGGUCUAAACCACAGAGCCUAGGGCUUGCCGAUCGGAAGGUCGCGGUUCGAAUCCGCGUGACGGGGUGAGCUCCCGUUACUCGGUCCCUGCUUCUGCCCACCUAGCAGCUUGAAAGCACGUCAAGUGCAAGUAGAUAAAUAGGUACCGCUCCGGCGGGAAGGUAAACGGCGUUUCCAUGCGCUGCUCUGGUUCACCAGAAGCAGCUUAGUCAUGCUGGCCACGUGACCCAGAAGCUGUCUGCGGACAAACACCGGCUCCCUCGGCUUAUAGAGCGAGAUGAGCACGCAACCCCAGAGUCAUCCGCGACUGGACCUAGUGGUUGGGGUACCUUUACCUUUACCUUUUUCAGGGUGGAAGUAACAAAAACCUCAAAACAGUAAAACAUAGCACUAAAAUAAACAAUAAUAGAACCAGCCAUAAUACUAAAAAGCUUUCAGCCCAGUAAAAUAGCAAACUCCAAUAGAUAAAUAAAACUAAAUCUAAUUCAGUUCUACAGCCCCCAAAUAGGUUUUUAAAGCAUUUUCUAAAGGCGAGCAGUAAUGAGGCACUGUGUACCACAGUUGGCAACAGGUUCUAUAGCUGUAGUGCCACAGUUGGAAAAGGUUUGAAAAAUAGUGUGAACGUGCCAGAAGUGAAGAGAACACACAGAAUUUAUUUUUAGAAAUACUAAAUAAUGUCUGAAACUAAUAUUACUAAUCCAUGGCAAUCAGCUUGGUGAUUCAAGACAUUUAUUAUCGUAACGUUAACUGAGAGUACAAUCCUACAUAUUAACCAUAGUAAGCCUCCCAAAACACAGUGUGAUUUACUUCUGAGUAGAUGUGUAUAGAACCGUGCUGUAAAUGUGACUUCUAACCAAAUAUGGUAUUCUUAGCUUUAAAAUCCCCUUAAUUUUGAAAACUUGCUUUGUGUGAUUCAGCCUCCAAUUCUGCACAGGCUUCAUAUUCUACAUAGAUCUGUGUGGAAUAGCCAAAAAAAGAUAGGUUUUUUUCCCUGCCAUCUUAAAUGGUAUUGGAGGAACACUUAAAUGAAAUGCUAAUAAAAUAUAAAACUGAAAUGUGUUUGUAUGUCUUUUGUGUGUAUUAUUAACACCUGCAUUUCUUGUAGUUUUAAUGGAGCAGGAUAGUGCAGCAGCUCAACAGUAUGUCCGGCAGGGAUGUCCAAAUUUGCUACGAGCCGAGUUGUGGGCCCUGAUUCUGAACGUUUCCAGUCAACCCGAGGUAAGUAGCAAAAGUGUAGUAAAAAUGUAGACUUGCAGCAGCUACAUACCCAAUAGCUAAAUUAUAAAUAACGUUUGGCUUCGUUAUUAAGCGUGAUGCUAGUUUUGGUUUAUUGUGCACAAAGUCACACAAGGGUAUUUGUGCUCAUUUAACAGUGUUUUUCUGACUUUUUAAAUCUGAACCUCCCUUCCCUAGUUUAUUUUGCAUGCCCAGAUGGAGACCCCUGCGCCCCCGAGCGACAGCCUGAGAGCAACGAAACACACAUGACAACGUGUAUUGGGAUUUAAAAUGGCCACAACUUUAUUAUCAGUUUCAAAUGUAGGAAACCUUGGCUUAGGCAUUGGGCGUGUAUCCCUCUCAGAUCCCUCAGGACUGAGGCACAGCAGGGUUAAUCGGAUCAGAGGGGGCACUGCAAAACACAUUUUUUGCUCUAUAAGACGCACCAGACGAUAAGACGCACCUAGUUUUUGGAGGAGGAAAACAAGAAAAAAAUAUUCUGAAUCUCAGAAGCCAGAACAACAAGAGGGAUCGCCACGCAGCGAAAGCAGCAAUUCCUCUUGCUGUUCUGGCUUCUGGAUAGCUGCGCAGCCUGCAUUCACUCCAUAAGACGCACACACAUUUCCCCUUACUUUUUAGGAGGGAAAAAGUGAGUCUUAUAGAGCAAAAAAUACAGUAUUUACACAGCGACCCCCCCCCCCCCCGCAGAACUGGUUUAUUGACAAGCUAUCACCUUACGGCCAGUGACUCCCUUCACACAAAACCCUUUAAACGGGAACCCUGAAAUACCACCGCGGUGUGUGUGUGUGUGACCACUGCAUGCCCCCCUUUAGGAAUGAUAGAUGAAAAGAUUCCGCCCAAGGCCUAAAACCACUACCCGAGACCAUGAUAUUGCGGUCUCGCCACCAAGACAACCUACAGCUGAAAAAAAAAACCCUCAGCAUCCUGACAACCAAUCCUGCAGGCAACUCCUGAUACCAUCCAACCAGAGUUCAUUCCCUAAGGUGGUCAGGUCCACCCCGUCAGGUCUGAAUAAUUCUACCCUGCUGGGUUUGAUGUCCACAUGGUGAACCACUCGGCCGCCAAGACGUAUAAUCGCAGAGCGGAUGACCCAGUUGAUUUUUAUCACCGCGUAGUUCAGUCUGGAAGGUUUAAGGGCACCCUGCCAUUGCAAGCACGGAAGACGGUUGGACCACAUAUUACUGUACUGUGAAGUUGGCGUGGCAGCCCUGCAAGUGCUCAUCCACUUCCUAGAGCUCCCAUGACUAUGCCCUGCCUCAUUCCCAUCCUCACAAGUGCAGAGGCUCUGCAAGGAUGCUGAGACUGCUUUUGCUGCCCCCGUGCCUCUCUCCCCAUAGACCACGGCUGCUGUGUUACGCUUUCCAUGUGUGUCCUGUCUCUACAAAAGUCACAGACCUUGCUGCCGUUUGUUUGUUUUUGUAUAUUUAUUUUAGAUUUUGUUGCGAUUGCAUAGAAAUUAUUCAGUUUGGUUUUGUAUUUUUUUAAUGUUUUAUUUAGUGUUUAUGACUUUUGUUUUGUUGUUUUUAUGCAUUGUUUCCAUGUUGUAAGCCAUCUUGAGCAUAGUUUGAACUUUGGAAAGGCAGCAUACAAAUAAAAUUAUGUCUGUGUGUAUGUAGAACUGUGUACAGUGGUACCUCGGGUUACAUACGCGUCAGGUUACAGACUCCGCUAACCCAGAAAUAGUGCUUCAGGUUAAGAACUUUGCUUCAGGAUGAGAACAGAAAUUGUGCUCUGGUGGCGCGGCGGCAGCGGGAGACCCCAUUAGCUAAAGUGGUGCUUCAGGUUAAGAACAGUUUCAGGUUUAGAACGGACCUCCUGAACGAAUUAAGUACUUAACCUGAGGUACCACUGUAAGUUGAACAUUUCAAAUAAGAGAAACCUAUUCCUUGCUGUGAAAAAUUGGCAUGCCAUGGAAUGACAUAAAUGACCUCCCCUCUGGAGUAACACCACUUCUCUUGCCUCCCCAAUACUUUUUCAGCUUCUGUUCUUGUCUCUGCUGCCCAACUUUUUGUUUCAGUAUUUUUUCUGAACAUGCCACCUAGCCUGUGCCUCUAUUCAUUUGCCUUGCUUUCUUCCUCUACUGCUCCAGAUAAUUUCCCGAGCCUUCUUGCCACAUCACGCCUUCUUCCUAUUGGAAAUGGGCUUCUCCAUAGGUCUUCUUUCCUUUCUUUCUACAGCACUGUGGGGUAGCUGCUUCCUUCUGCUUUUGAAUAUGUGCAGGUCUUCCUCAUAUGUUCCUGUACUCACGCGGCCUCCCUGCACACAUUAGGCAGUGGCAUAAGUAUCACAUUCAGCUAUCGGGUAGGGCCUGUGACAUCAUUACUGAUAAGCCACACAACUCCCCUUCUUGCCUAUUCUGUUUCGUGUGUGUGUGUGUGUGUUUGUAUCUUCUUCUUCUUUGGCAAUCACUCGUAGCCUAGUAAGAUGUCUUCCAUAAACACAGUUUUAACAGUGAGUCUGUAAGUGGCUGUGGAGGCCACUUCUGGAUCCACACAUCCUUCCACAGUGGGGACAGAGGUUUUCAGGUGAGAGUUGAUCACAGUGAGGGUUUGGCAAGCAUGCCUUCCUCUUAGCGCGUUUCUCCCUUUCGCCCUGAGUUUGAGCAUCUUCAAAACCCAUGGCACCUUUGGUAAAGGCUGUUCUCCGAUUGGAGCGCUCCCAGGCCAGUGUUUCCCAGUUGUCGGUGUUUAUACUACAAUUUUUUUAGAUUUGCCUGGAGAGAGUCUUUAAACCUCUUUUGUUGAGCCACCAGCAUUACACUUUCCAUUUUUAAGUUCGGAAUAGAGUAGUUUCUUUGGAAGACGAUAAUCAGGCAUCAGCACAACAUGACCAUAUAUUUAAUUGGUUUGCUCAUUUUACUUUACGUUUGCUCAUUUUGCUUUAUGUUUACUAUUUGGUUGAUGUGCUGCUCUACCUCUGUGCUGCAGUAAACGUUGCCUUAAUUUUUCUUUAAAAUGCUCAACACAGCCUAGCUAAAGAGAUCAUGACUUUAUUAGCCUUUAUUAGUCAGAGUAUCGUGCUACAUGCUUGAUACUGUAGAUAUGAAGAUAUUAUUUUCAGUUAAUUGAAAUUAAGAGUACUGUAAGGGACGGACAGAUGAUGAAUAAGUGGCAUGCAUGGGUGCAUGAGAGAGAGAAAGAAUUUAUAUUAUUCCUUGUUAUAUAUGAUUGGGAGUGGGUUGACAAUAAGCUGAUAGCUGUAUCUAACGAUGAAAACAGACUUCAGUAUUUUAAAAGCACUAUUGGAAAAGAUUUUGCUAAGCUUAGGGGAAAAUGUUUGGCUUUUUGGUGCAUAUACUUACACCAUACAUCAAGAAUAAAUAAUCCGAGAAGUAAUGGAUUAUACAUUGUUGAAAGAGAAAGCGCUGCUUUUGUCAUAAUGAAAAACAUUGUACCAAUGUUGUGAUGGCUAAUUAACUCUGAAUUGUUCCAAAUUAUUCUGACAGUUAAACCCUUGCUUAUUUCCUCUUUUCUAAUAGUAAACAGAUGAGAGAGAUUAAUUGUAAUUGGCUGACUUCACUACAUACCACACUAGUGGUACCAUAUUUGUGGUAUUUUUGUCUUAAUUUGUCAAGUAAAAUAUCUAAAGAAAUGGUCAGUUCGGACUGCCACACAGCAACUACUUGAAACUGCUCCAACAGUGCCCUAGCUCACUGCCAUGCAGUUCUGUCUUAUCAGAUGAUCUGCCCUUACUUAAUCUUGCCAAUCAUAGCUAGAAGCUGUUUACAGUGUUGUGUAGACAAGCAACCAAGUAUGAACCUUGCCCAUAGCAAGAAAUGUUACGGGGUAGGGAGCUAACGGUUAUGGUGGAGUCAUUGUAAGUCAAUGUGAAACACCCAAAACCCAGUAUGUCAGCUCGCAAACUGUUUUUUCUGUGGACCAGUUGAAAAUUGCCAGAGUCUAGGCCAUGUAAUAUAUUUUUUUUUCUUUGCUGAACGUAUUAAAGUACACAUCUAGGUUACCAUAGUCUUUUAGGGGAAAUAAGUCAACUGUUCCAGCAUUUAUAUUAUGAAGAUCAUUUCCCCAAGACUAAAGCCGCCUUAGCCUGUUUGAUAAUCUUGCUCUGAUUUUAAAAAAUAAAUUGUGUCAGAUGGGAUGAAGAUAUUCUCAACUACAGUCGUACCUAGGGUUUUGACUAAAGGUUUCCCCAAGACUAAAGCCGCCUUAGCCUGUUUGAUAAUCUUGCUCUGAUUUUAAAAAAUAAAUUGUGUCAGAUGGGAUGAAGAUAUUCUCAACUACAGUCGUACCUAGGGUUUUGACUAAAGGUUUCCCCAAGACUAAAGCCGCCUUAGCCUGUUUGAUAAUCUUGCUCUGAUUUUAAAAAAUAAAUUGUGUCAGAUGGGAUGAAGAUAUUCUCAACUACAGUCGUACCUAGGUUUUUGAACAGCUUAGUUCUCGAACGUUUUGGCUCAUGAAUGCCGCAAACCCAGAAGUGACUGUUCCGGUUUGUGAACUAUUUUUGGAAGCCGAACGUCCAACGGGCUUCCACUGCUUCUGAUUGGCUGCAGGAGCUUCCCGCAGCCAAUCAGAAGCCACGCUUUGGUUUCCAAAUGUUUUGGAAGUCGAAUGGACUUCCGGAACGGAUUCCGUUCGACUUCCAAGGUACGACUGUACUGUGAAGCCUUUUCACAGACUACUGAAUGGAACUUGCAUACCUCCAGUGGGUCAUAGUUUGAGAAUUUCUGGCAUGGCUAAUCUGAUAACACAAGAAGAAUCUCUUUGGAUUAAGACCAAAACCCUUUCUAAUCCCAUCAGUCUGUUUCCCACAGGAGAUAACCAGAAGCCAAUGGGAACCUCAAAAUCAAGACAUGGGGGUAGCAGUAGACUCCUGCUUGUGUUUUCCAGCAAUUGGCAAUCAGAGGAUCUGUGAUCCUCGCAGAAGCAUAUAGCUACCAUGACCUUGAUCGACUUAUCCUCCAUGACUUUUUCUAAUGCCCCUUGAAAACCUCCUAAACUGUGUCACCACAUCUUGAGGGAGCCAGAGAAAGAAAUAUUUUGUUUAAUCUCUCCUGAAUCUUCCACCAUUCCGCUUUAUUGACUGACCUGGAUUCUAGUAUUUUGAUAAGGGGUGAGUCACUGCUUGCAUAAUUUUACAAAACUCUUUCACUUACUCAACUCCCCUCCCCAUCCUAAAAUAUUCAAAUCACACUAGCUAUGGCUAUCAAGUAUAUUUUAGUAUGGUAAUUUUGACUGUCAUAGAUAUGUAUAUUUAUUGCACAAGUAAAAAUAUAUACUUAUAGUGUAAUUUUUAGAAGCAGUUAAAUCAGAAAGUAUGUCUUUCUAAUUCAGCCGUACUGUUAAGUUUUGGUCCUAGAAUUCUCCCUUGUGCCAUUUGUAACUGACUAAAUGGCUGAGCUACUGUUUCUUUGUUAAUGUAUGUCAGUUUCCUUCUCCGUAUUUACAAACUGAAGACUUUUUGAACCUCUAAAUCUUACUUAGAGAAAUAGAUUUUGUUAAGACACUGAAAGGUACAGCAGAAGCUUUUUGGGAGAAGUGUGUGAACAUUCAAAUACACUCAUUUCAGAGGAGAACAUCUAAUUUGAACCAAUUUGUGUUCCACGAAGUUUAGGUACAGAUGCCAAUUUGCAGUUUAGAACAACAUUAUACAAAUAGGUUGUUUACAGGGGCACAAUAUAAAAAUAAGCAAAAGGCUAACGUACUUAUGCUACAGACUUCUUUGGAUAUAUGAACACAAGUUCAUAGGACACGUUGGUGAUGUAUUUGAAAGGCAGGAAGUACCGUAUGUAUAUUAAAAUCACAUGGAGCUCUAGAAUCUAUUAGGCUUUUUCUCUAUGUCUAAUAAUAGAAAAUGUGUCCAUAUUCCAAGAAGCUCAAUAUUCAGUUGAACCAGUCAGUUUGUCACUGAAAUUAACAACAGAACACUGAAAGCACCAGAUGUAUUGUUCUCAAAGAAUUAUAGCAUUUCAGGGAGUUUGUGCAUGUACACCUGCUGGCAGUAUUGCAAAUCUUAGCCUGAUAGGAAAACACUAAAAGUGCAUAUUAUGUUGUUAGGUAUGACUGAAUGCCUAGAAUAAGGAGCACUCUCUGAUUUGUUCCUUUCAGAUUUCAGGUCAUACUGUCUCGCGAAGAAUUGAUGCUCACUAGGGCAGCUUUGAGGCAGGGUGGUUGAAAGCAGUCUCCCCUUCUGCGGCUAUUAUGAGAUAAAAAUAACCACAACAAAUAGUGUGUUGUUAAAAUAGACACAUUUUAUUUUUAAAUUUUAUUUAUGCUUUUCAGAUUUUUACAUUUCAUUAAUUUAACAAUCAUUUUGAACAUUUCAAAACUUGACUUCCUUCCCCCUCUUUCUGCAGUUCCUUAAAUUUGUUUUUAAUAUCUUCUGCGUAUCCCAACUAACUUAAUUUGUUCAUUUAUUCCUCUACGUUAAAUAUAUACUCUUAUAAAACUGCAGGUUAUUUCAAUAAUCCUGCCAGUGUUCUUAUCUGUUUACAGUUUAUCUGUAAAUAUUCAAUAAACCAUUUGCAUUCUUUUUUUAAAAAAGUUUGUUAUCUUGUUUUCUUAUUCUUCCGGUAAGUUUUGCCAUUUCUGCAUAUUCCAUAAGUUUUUGUAUCGGUUCUUCCUUUGCUGGGACUUCUGCUUCUUUCCAAUUUGGGGCAAGUAACAUUAUUGCGGCUGUAGUUGGAUAAAUGAAUAAGUUUCUAUACAGUUUAGGUCGUUCUAUCCCUAUAAUUCCCAAAAGAAAAGCUUCUGGGUUUUGUUUUUUUACAAAUGUUAUUUUAAACAUCCUUUUCAAUUCAUUAUAUAUCAUUUUUGUACAAUAGUCAGGAUGAUUUAUUUGCUAGAAGCAACCGUUUAUCCAGUCGUACCCCUUGCCAAAUUUCCCAGAUGUAUCUAUUUUAUAAAUAUUUACAAGCCACACAUAAAGUGUAUCAAUUUGGCUUACAUAAUACAAAAUACAGUGGUACAUCUACUUAUGAACCCGAUCCAUUUUGGGGUGCCGUUUGCAUCCUGAAAAGUCCGUAAGUAGAGCGCCGCUACUACGCAUGCACGAAGCGCGAUAGAGUGCUUCUACACAUGCGCAAAGCGUGCAGAUCACUUCUGCGCAUGUGGCGAACCCAGAAGUGUACUUCCGGGUUUGCCGCAUUCGUAACCUGAAAAGCCGCAACGUGAAGCAAACAUAACACGAGGUAUGGCUGUAGAAUAAAAGGUAAAUGGACCCCUGACCAUUAGGUCCAGUCAUGGCCGACUCUGGGGUUGCGGCGCUCAUCUCGCUUUAUUGGCCAUGGGAGCAGGUGUACAGCUUCCGGGUCAUGUGGCCAGCAUGACUAAGCCGCUUCUGGAGAACCAGAGCAGUGCACGGAAACGCCAUUUACCUUCCCACCAGAGGGGUACCUAUUUAUCUACUUGCACUUUGACGUGCUUUCGAACUGCUAGGUUGGCAGGAGCAGGGACCGAACAACGGGAGCUCACCCCGUCACGGGGAUUCGAACCGCUGACCUUCUGAUUGGCAAGUCCUAGGCUCUGUGGUUUAACCCACAGCGCCACCCGCAUCCCUCGCUGUAGAAUAUCAGCUCAUAAAUAUCCAUAACACAUAAUUAAAAACAUCAAUACAUGCCAGUUGGUUAAAAAGAUAACUUCAUCUUGUUUUCAGAAGACAAAUAGCAAUGGUGUAAAGGCAAUGGCCUUGCGGGUAUGUGGUUCCUGUGUCUAGGAGAUUGGUCAACUGGAUGGAGCUGUAUUCUCCAAAGGAGCAGGUACACAGUCUGGCAUCCUCCUUGAUCUGCCUCUGUCGCCAGAGGCCCACGUGACCUCUGUGGCCAGGAGUGGUCUGACCAUGACAGUGGAUCCCCAGAGACCCCUCUAUUUCCAGAUUACCUCCUGCCCCACUUGAAGCAAAGACCAGAUCAUGGGUAUGUCGUGCUCUGUGCAUUCAGCCGGGAACAAUCUGAGAUGGUCCUAUGGUUGCCAUGGAGCCAUGAAAUCCCGAGCUAAUCCAACAGCAGCCUCAGCUUGGCAUGGAUGUUGAAAUUAUUGUUCGGGAUUACUCCAACACCACAUUUGGGAUACCUCGGCCAGCCCAGUAAGGGAAGCUGUUGAGCAAUGGUGAUAUCAUUGCGUGUGUUUUCAUUAAGAAUAUCUAUUUUAUUUUCGGAGAGGAUGCCCCUAUUUUUAUUUUUAUUUUAGUUUCAGUGAAAAGUAGAAUUCAAGCGAAGGAGCUAUGGAUCUGCUAUAACUGAAUUUCACGGAGCUUUAAAUUAUUGAAAACACACAAAGUAUAACAAGAUAUUUGUCAUGGUAAUGAAUAAUUCAAAUUUAGUUUCUGGAAACCUGAUGAGAAUAGAUUUGUAUUUCUACUGUACUAUAGACUGACUAGUCACCAUGAAGGACUUCCUUCUAUACUCUAAUUUAUUUAUUAUUUAUCUAUACUCUAAUUUAUUUAUAAUUGUGUUUGCUGUGCUUCUUCAGUUUGAAAUUAAUAAUAAAAGCUGUCCUUCGUGUGAUAAGCAGAUAAUAAAUAUUUAUAUAACUUUUUUGUUUGCCUUUUGCCACAUGAUGCCACCAAAAGUGACAUUGAAACUGUGAAACUCCUGGCAUUAUUUUAUGUUAUUUUUGGGAAACAAAUUAAGGUGUGCGUUUGGGUUUUUUAAAGAUUUCAGGGAAAAGUUUUAGUUUUUGGGCCAGCAUUCCUUUUGUACAACAGUGCCAUUGCAAGAGUAAAGCUCCCCAGUGAUUCUAUGUUAACUGAAAAGUGGGACAGCCUAUUCAAUUUUUUAAAAAAAUUAAUAUAUCAAGAAUUGAAAGAUUAUGAGUCCAGGAAGGAAAUUAUAUUGUAGUUUUAUUGGAAUGACUUGCUUAAGAGAACUGUUGUCAGUCAGCGAUGAAUUGAAUGGACCAAUGAUGUAACUCAUAUAGGUAAAGAUAAAGGACCUCUGGACAAUUGCGUCCAGUCAAAGGUGACUAUGGGGUUGCGAUGCAGGUGGCACUGUGGUCUAAACCACUGAGCCUCUUGGGCUUGCCGAUAAGAAAGUCAGCGGUUCGAGUCCCUGCGACCUUCUGAUCGGCAAGUGAGCUCCCAUUGCCAACCUAGCAAUUUGAAAACACACCAAAAGUGCAAGUAGAUAAAUAGGUACUGGUCUGGCGGGAAGGUAAACGGUGUUUCCAUGCACUGCUCUGGUUUCGGUGUGGCUUAGUCAUGCUGGCCACAUGACCCGGAAAAACUGUCUGUGGACAAACGCCGGCUCCCUCAGCCUGUAAAGCAAGAUGAGCGGUGCAACCUCAGAGUGACUUAACUUUCAGAGGUCCUUUACCUUUACCUUUUAAAGGACCCCUGGACAAUUAAGUCCAGUCAAAGGUGACUAUGGGGUUGCUGCAUUCAGCUUGCUUUCAGGCCGAGGGAGCCGAAGUUUGUCCACAGACAGAUUUCUGGGUUAUGUGGCCAGCAGGACUAAACCGCUUCUGGCGGAACACCGUGACGCAAACCAGAGCGCAUGGAAAUGCCGUUUACCUUCCCGCCGCAGAGGUACCUAUUUAUCUAGUUGCACUGGCAUGAUUUCAAACUGCUAGGUUGGCAGGAGCUGGGACGGAGCAACGGGAGCUCACCCCAUCACGGGGAUUUGAACCACCAACCUUCUGAUCGGCAAGCCCAAGAGGCUCAGUGGAUUAGAUCACAGCGCCACCCGCUCUCUAUAACUCAUAUAAGGCAGCUUAGUAUAUUGACUGGUUAAAAGUACACACACAUUAGACCUUCUCCGAAGUAUUUCACUUGUGUGAUUUCAUCAGCAGCUGAUAAUUGGUUAUGCCCCCUAACCCAAUAAUUAGCAUUUUGCUUUUCCUCCACCCAUCCAUUAUUCUGCACCUGACUCCAAGUUGGUAGGUUUGGGAUUUCUAGUAAGGAAAGUGGACUUUGCAAACCAAAUAUGGCCAGUGUCAUGGAAUGGGGCCUCGGAAGCUGUCGGUGUAAUAGCCCCCCAGUGCACAAAAUAAAUGCCCGUAGUUAUAGACGCUAUGCUGAGAGAGGUAGAACUUGCCACAAAGAUGCUGGUGUUUUUGGUUUUUUUGCAACAUUCCUACCAUUGUAGUAUGUAUAUAUUGUUCUGAAUUAUGAAGCUUGUAUAAUAUUACGUAGUAUUUUUUCCUCCCCGUGGUCAGGUUCAUAUUUUGGAUCUUGGCUCUUUCCCGUUAAGGCAGGGUUGCCAUAACACCCACCGACUCACCGCCGCCCAUUCUUGGAACUUUAUUUUAUUUUUUAACUGGUAAAUUAAACCAUGUCUAGAGGGCACCGACAUAGUGUUGCUUAUUCACGUAAUAUGCUAUAUAAAUAACAAACCCACUUUCACAUUCAUGUGAAAACUUUUUAAAUUUCAAAAACAGGAGAUCAGUUCUUCAUAGUUCAACAUACGUAACUUGUAUUCUACUUAUACAAACCCCCAUUCUAUGGGCAGGACACUGUGUUUGGAAGAAAGGCUUGUAUACCUGAUAAGUAGAUUAUUUAUAUAUAUCCUGAAUGUAUCUAGUUCACAUUCCUUUUCAUCAUUAAGUCUUGUCCUUUGCACUGUUGAAUUUUUUACAUCUUCUUCCAUCUGUGGAAUGAUGUGCAAUUGCCUAUCAUCAACUUCAAAAUCCUAAAAUAGAACAAAAUGUGUUUAUGGAAAAAGCAGAUAAUUUAAUACAAUAAACACAGUUGUGAUGUGUAUAUUUUACAACUAUUAUAUUUUCAUAUGCUGCCUUAAAAGGAGAACCAAGUUACUAUUAUCUUUCUCUCCCCCCCCCUUUUAUGCCAAAGUGCUUGCAGUGACCACCUCCAAAACUAUGUUAGCCAUCAUGACAUUUGUAUGCCCAGUCAUUAAUUGUAUUCUUCCAGCUGUGGCUUCUGUCUCCCUGAUAGGAUCCAUGUGAGCUGUGUUUAUGGCUGUAUCUCUGCUUCUAGGUUUUGCUUGGCUAGAAUCUGCUUCUAGCCAGCUAUGUUUGUGAAGAGGCUAUAGCUUUGCAUAAAUUAUUUAGAGGAAUACCACUGACGUUCUUGGGGAAAAUUGUUAACUGUUGCCCUCCAGUUUCUUGCCUCAUGAAUUUAGCAGAAUUCCUUUUCCCCUGCAGUUUUAUUUUAUAGGCUCUUUAAGAAUCACCCUCUUCUGUUGUAUACUUAGAAUAUUAUUGAUGGCUGGAUGGAUGGAUUGCUACCCCAAUGUAUGCUGACUUUCAGAGCAAAGCCCUCCAGGGUGGCUCACGUAAAAAAUAAUAAUUAGUUAUUUAGAAAAUCUCUAUUUUGCUGGCUGGCAAUAAUGCAUUUAUUACUACACGGGUUGCAAAAUUUGCCUUGGCUGCAAGUAAGUUGAGAGCUAGGCAUCAAGACAAGUAUCAUAAGGGGGAGUGUGAGACGUGGAGUGCUUAACUUAUGCAAGAAUGAUUUUUGCAUUUUUGCAUGUUUGCUUCGCUGCUGCUGCUGCUGCUGUUGUUCAGUUUUAAAUCAAUUAUUUGUAUCCUACGCAUUGUGACCAAUUGUGAUGGCUUGUAGCUUUUAGCAAUAAAGAUUCAUUCAUUCAUUCAACUGAGAAUAUUUAGAAAAUACAGUGGUGCCUCGCAAGACGAAAUUAAUCCGUUCCGCGAGUCUCUUCGUCUAGCGGAUUUUUCGUCUUGCGAAGCAACCCUAUUAGCAGAUUAGCGCUAUUAGCGGUUUAGCGGCUAUUAAAGGCUUAGUGGCUUAGCGGCUAAAAGGCUAUUAGCGGCUUAGAAAAAAGGGGGGGGGGAGCAAAAAAAAUCUCAAGACUCGCAAGAGUCUCCUUCAGCUCCAUAAUUCAAAAGCAUCAAUUCUUUGGUGAUCAGCCUUCUUUAUGGUCCAGCUUUCACUUCCAUACAUCACUACUGGGAAAGCCAUAGCUUUUACUAUACAGGCCUUUGUUGGCAAGGUGAUGUCUCUCCUUUUUAAGAUGCUGUCUAGGUUUGUCACUGCUUUUCUCCCAAGAAGCAGGCGUCUUUUAAUUUCGUGGCUGCUGUGACGAUCUGCAGUGAUCAUAAAACCAUUAUACCGAUCCAAAACUAUCAAUAGCACAUUAAAACAAUAUAGAGCUUAACACAUAGCAUCCUAAUUAAAUGCAUCUUGAAAUAAAAUAUGAAAUAAAUAUUUUUUUUCUUUGUAAAGCAAUUUUAUAUUGUCCUUUGGCUCCAGGAGGAAUAGGUUACUAGAGUUACCACACUUCAUGAAGACUUGAUAGUUUUCAUUGCCUGGUUGUGCGGAAGGCAGCGACUUGAGGAAGUACCAUAUUUGGAUGUUUGAAAAAGAUUUUAGUUUUUGAUCGACUUAUGUGCAAAUUAUAUCCCAUUUAUUUUAAUGGGAUAUACUCAACAGUAUCUUUCCGAUUGUGUCCUGAUAUCCUUCUUUUUAAGCUUUUUAAGCUCCAUUACCAACAUAUGGUAUUAAAAUAAGCAAAACACGACCAUGAAGUGUGUCAUUUGUUUUAAGUCUCACACAACGAAUAAUAUUUAGCAUUAUUUCGUUCUAGGAUGUUUUGUACUAUGAACAACUGAAGUCUAAUGUGAUUCAGCAUGACCUUUUGGUGGACAAUUUGAUUUAUAAAGUGAGUAUUUCUAAUUUAUAUAUCACUAUCUGUUGCUGUUGUUGUUUGUAUCAUCAUCAUCAUCACUUUUUACUUAUGAGUCUCUUUCCAUGAGGCAUCCCGAAGCAAUUUGCCCAAUGCAGAUACCAACUGGGAUAAUGAUCUCCAUUUAGAAGGUUUGUCUCUCUAUCGGUAUCUAUUUGCUGUCUGACCAAAGUUUCAGAAUCUCUAUUUGAUUACUUUCAGAUGAAAAAUAACUUAUAGUUUGUGAAAGAUUUCAUCUAAAAUUGCAUGUAUCUGAAGUACCGUAUUUUUCGCUCCAUAGGGCGCACCGGACUAUAGGGCGCACCUAAUUUUUAGGGGGGGGGGGGAAUUCAAGAAAAAAAAUUAUUUAAAGGGAGCGCUGAGCAGAGCCUGUAUGCAUCCCAGGCUCUGCUCAGCGAUCCCUUUCACAAGCCGCGUGGAGUGUGUGUGUGGCUCUUGGGGGCUUUUCCCCGAGGAGGGAGAAGGGCAGCCAGUCAGUGAUGGGCUGCCCGUCUCCCUCCUAGGGGAAAAGCCCCCAAGAGCGCCUCCGCAGGGCAGCGGGAUGAAGGCUCGCUGCUGGCCUGCGGAGGCUUCGCGGGCUACCCCAGAGCUGCUCAGAAGCUUAUCGGAGCUGGUGGGGGAAGCCCGGGCUUCCCCCACCAGCCCCGACAAGCUCUGGGAGUAUUCCCCACCUCCCACAGAAGCCGUGCACUCUUUAAAGGGGCUGCGCGGCUUCUAUUGGCUUUUCUAGGAGGUGGGGGAAUUCCCCCACCUCCCUGAAAAGCCCACAGGCUGCCAUCCACAAGCCUUGGGAGCCCGGCGGGAACUCCUGCUGGGCUCCCAAGGCUUGCGGAUAGCUUCCUGAAGCCUGGAGAGCGAGAGGGGUCGGUGUGCACUGACCCCUCUCGCUCUCCAGGCUUCAGCGAAAGCCUGCAUUCGCUCCAUAGGAUGCACACACACUUCCCCUUCAUUUUUGGAAGGGAAAAAGUGCGUCCUAUAGAGCGAAAAAUACGGUAUAUCUGCAGUGGUUCAGUGCAAUAGUUAAUAGUUCUGCUGCUCCCCCCGCCCCCGUUGAAUUAUUUUGGAAAGGAAAAGGAAGAACAAGGCAAGCUUCCUUUUUGGGUCACUAUUAGUAGUGGCAUUAGCCCAGCUUCUUCCAUUUUUCCCUUAGGCUCCCCCCCCCCAUGCCGCUAUUGCAAGUUGUUGUUAUCUUGCAAGUGUGGUGGCAGCCUGGCCAAUAUUUUGCAUCCUUCACACUCUCCUUUUUCACGGCGUUUGCGGGUGGGUUGGUCGGCCACGUCCAUAAAUGGUGGAGAAACUUCUGCGAAGUGGACGGAUUUUUCUGAUGCGGAGAGAAGACAUUCAGAAAAUUUCUCAGUGUUGGCUGAACUCUUCCAGUGUAACAAUUAUAUGCACAGCUUUCUCAGGAGGAAAUGGAAGUUGAGAGUCGAUUGCUUAAAGCAUGUGAGAAGAUUUGGAUUUGGGGUUGAAUAGAGAGAGGGUCUGUCUUAAACGUCAUCCUUCAAUACAGCCCUGAUUCAUAAGACUCCUUCUGAAGCUACUUUUUUAAAAUGCAAAACCUGCCUUAAUUUACAACCAACAAUAACAGCAUCCAUGAACUCCUAUACAUUGUCUACUUUGGCUGUUAGUCAGACAUCUGUAAUUUUGUCCUGAGUGGAUAGGAAAAGCAUGGUGAAUAGAGGGGGGGAAAUGGUUUUUGGCUCUCGGCUAAGUUCAGAGUGUUUUAAUGUAGAUCAUCUCUUUUUCUAUCAUAUUACUUUGGGAUGGGAUAUAAAUUUUCUGAGUCUGACUCCUCCCCUGAUAUGCUCCUUUUUUGUGUCUCUGGUGGUGUUGUGCCAGUGUGACAUUCUGCCACAGCAGUGUUACAUUAGAACAAACUGUGAUGUAUCUUCACAAUUCACUGGCUCAGACUAUUUAGGUGGUUUCCUGUGAUUUUCCAGAGAAAUGGCAUCAGGAUCAUAGGUUUGUGCAGCUAUUUUAUUCAGCACACACACACACACACACACACACACACACACACACAUAAACACAUAUGUAUACACACACACACACACAGUGGUACCUCGGGUUAAGUACUUAAUUUGUUCCGGAGGUCCGUUCUUAACCUGAAACUGUUCUUAACCUGAAGCACCACUUUAGCUAAUGGGGCCUCCUGCUGCUGCUGUGCUGCUGGAGCACAAUUUCUGUUCUCAUCCUGAAGCAGAGUUCUUAACCUGAGGUACUAUUUCUGGGUUAGCGGAGUCUGUAACCUGAAGCAUAUGUAAUCUGAAGCGUAUGUAACCCGAGGUACCACUGUACACACAUAUACAUACAUAUACAUACAUACAUACACACACACACACACAUAUAUAUAUAUAUAUAUAUAUAUAUAUAUAUAUAUAUAUGUGUAUGUAUGUAUAUAUGUAUAUAUAAAUUAGACACUGUAAGACACAGACACUGUAACAAUUUACAAACCACCAAGAACAGAUUCCUUGGCCUCUUCGUGUGUCAGGUGUGAUAGGAAGGGGCAUAUACAAAUGCAAGCUGUUUUAGAAUUGCAUAGUUUUACUGUUGUUUUUCAGCGGGGAUCUGCAAGCAUUUUUGGUAUGGCAUUGCAGGGGUCUGGACUAGAUGACCCUCGGGUCCCUUCCAACUCUAAACUUCUUUGAUUCCAUGCAUUGUCUCAAACUUCUUCAAAACCAUUCCUCAGUUCUCGGAGAGAUUGCCACGUGCCAUGGCAAAGGAAAGCUUAUUGUCUGAGAAAUACAAACCUAGAACUCUCAAAGGGAUGCAUGAUUAGUUUUUCAGUUCUUUGAUGACUGUGGAAUGCAGUUAAAAUGUUAAUUGGGAGAUAACUUGCAUUCCCUCUCCCAUUGAAAGAGUGGGGAAACUCCCAUUGAUGAAAACUUAUUAGAAGUGACGUGAUCAAAUAUAGCAUAAGGAUAUCAGUGCCUAGUGUUAUGAUGUUACUAAUAGAUUUUUUUCUGUGUGCAGGAAAUGUGAAGUUGACAACAGGUGGAGUGAAUAGUUAUUAACUCUGUAGCAUGACAACAAUAAUAUCUUGUUAUGCUAAUGCAUCGCAGGAGCUUCCCAGCUGGAAAAUAUACUUCUCAAGCUUCAAGUUUUUAUGGUUUUUCAUUUGCAGGAUGUGAAGCUGACAGCCAGCAAUGAUGACUACUACUUCGUGUUUGAGGAUUAUUUAUAUCAGGUAAGUAAUUACUGUUAUUGCAGCAGCCUGUCAGUGGAAAAAAGUGACACGCAAAUUAGGUACAAUUUGUUCCAGGUAUCUUUUAAGCCCAGUAAAACUGGUAGUGAAUUACAGUUGCACUAAGCUGACUAGCAGCGGAAUUCUAUGCAUGCCUACUCAGAAGUUCUACUAUGUUUGGUGGGCCUUUGGUGCGUACAGUGGUGCCUCGCAAGACGAAAUUAAUUCGUUCCGCGAGCUUUUUCGUCUUGCGGUUUUUUUCGUCUUGCGAAGCACGGUGUCGGAAAAGUUUUGGAAAAGCUUCAAAAAUCACCAAAGUCUUCAAAAACCUCAAAAAAGGCUACCACACCGCGUGCUAUGAGUUGCUCCUCGAAGUCAAGUCGCAACUGUAUUAACGGUUUUAAGAAAAAGGAAUCAAACUUGCAAGACGUUUCCAUCUUGCGAAGCAAGCCCAUAGGGAAAAUCGUCUUGCGAAGCAACUCAAAAAACCAAAAACCCUUUCGUUUUGCGAGUUUUCCGUCUUGCGAGGCAUUCGUCUUGCGAGGUACCACUGUAUACGAUUCCAGCCUGGAUGACUUAGUGCCUCAGUUGAAUGGAUCCAUCAGUCACUGUCCAGAAUCAUUCAGCUAUGCGUGUGCAUGGCCAACUUUUACCAUAAACAACCUUCAGCCAGCAAAGUUAAAGAUAACUAGCAGGCUAAGUCAAACUCCUAUUCAAAUUGUCGUUUUGUGCAGCCACAAUGUUUGGAUGACUGGUUUCACUAAGUUAGCCCUAGCUGAAAAGGAUCUAAGACUCUCUGAAAAUUGAAUCCCCUGGGAAGGGUUGCACUUUGAAAUGCUAGAUUUUUCUGUGCUGUCCGUUCAUGUGCACUGGCGAAUACUUAUAGCAGUAAUUCUUGACCUCUAUUGAUUUUCCGUUGGCCAUACAGCAUACUCUUUCAGAACACUGUGAAUUUUCUCAUACCCUCUCUUCUUCAGUGUAUCCUGGUAUAAGAAAAGCCAGACUGAGGGAGCGGAAAGUGGAAAGGCAGUAAUUUGUAAGAGAAUGUGAUGUGUGCAGCUGAGAAUUAAUGGAGGUACAGGAAUGAUAACAUAAUAAUAAUUUUAAUUUAUUUAUACCCCACCCAUCUGGCUGGGUUUCUUCAGCCACUUUGGGUGGCUUCCAACAGAAUAUUAAAAACACGAUAAAACAUCAAAUAUUUAAAACUUCCCUAAACAGGCCUGUCUUCAGGUGUUUUCUAAAAGUCAGAUAGUUGUUUAUCUGUUUGACAUCGAAGCUGGACCUCAGUGUCUGUGCUGAAUGAUGGGGGUGGAGAUGCUCCUUCAGAUAUACUGGACCGAGGCCGUUUAGGGCUUUAAAGGUCAGCACCAAAACUUUGAAUUGUGCUCAGAAACGUACCAGGAGCCAAUGUAGGUCUUUCAGGACCUGUGUUACAUGGUCUCGGCGGCCACUUGCUAUCCACAUUAAACAACAGUAUGGAUGAGCCCUAAGCUAUCUAGCUUAUUAAGAGCAACUGUGGAGAGAUAUUGAAAGAUACUGGGGCAGAUUCCGCAUGCCGAACCCAUGUCCACAUUGGAGCCCUUUGGGACUUGCAGGAGAAAAGUAGUAUUGUUGGUCAUGAUUUAUAUAGAGAGCUACAGAUAUAUAUGGUGCCAAACAGAAUGACAUGAGCAAAAGGGGUUGGUGGACUACCCCAAGGACCUUGCAACCUAGAUUUUGUCACUGAUGGCAUAAACAGAAAGAAGGAAGGGAAAUGGGAGGGUAAAAAAUGUGAUCAAAUGCAGUUAGAUGUGCUAAAACCACGUUACAGCUGGAGAUGGAGAUUAAAAGGCAAAGAAAAGGUGAGUUUUGAGAAAGGUGUGAGAUAAGAGUUUUGGGAGGAACUCCCAGAAAAAAAUGUUUAAAAGGUAAAUACCACUUAAAUAUAAUAGUAUUAAGCAGUCUCUUGUCCUAAAGCUCUGCACAGGAAAUGUUGUAUUCUUAUAUUUAUACAAUACUGUUUCCGACCUUGAACACUUGGGAUGGGGAAGUGCUAGUCUUAAGUAAACAAGCAUCCGUAAUUUAUUACCUUUGCUUCUAGUAAAGGAGAGCCAACUAAUUUGUAUGGACUUGCAUAUAUUGUUUCUUUUUAGUCUCCUUAAAUGGAAGCUUAUUACAUUUGCAAAUUUCCUAAUUUGUAUUUGAUUGCAGUGUCUACAUAAAUGUCAUGGGGGAGGCUUCACAUUUUUGUGGCACUUUCAACUUGAUUAGUCACAGCUGUUAGGGUGGGCUUGUCAUUUUGUCGAUUAUAGCUACAUAAAACAACGUGAAAUAUAUUAGUGGCUGAAUGUAUCCCUCCUUAGAGGACAGACUGAUUUGUUUAGUCCUCUGAAAGCUAGAAAUUAACAAAAAUUAGGACUCCUGUUUUGUGUGUGAUAUGUAUGGUGCUGUUUUUUUAAUAUUAAAAAUCUACAGCAGAAUUUAUACCUCCCUAUUCAUCUUUACUAGUAAUACUAAUGUACUAAUUGAAAGCUCAUGAUCUGAGCACGAGUCCUUAUCUAGUCAAAGCAGCAGCAUCUAUAUACAAGUAUUAGCAGGUUCAGGGGAAGCCGGCAGUUUGCAGAAAUACAAAAAAAGUUAGUUAAAAACAACCUUAAUGUGGGGAAGAACCUCAAAAAUAGCCCAGUGUGGCCCCAUAUAGAUGUUUUGAUAGGCUUGCCUAAACAAGAAUGUUUUGAUCAUGUGCCAAAAAAAUACAGCAAAAGCACUUCUCUAAAUGUCUAUUAACAGGGAGUAUCAAAGUGCAGGUACCACAACACUAAAAGACUGAUUUGAACAGGUCCCAAGUUGUUACCAGUUUUAUAUACCUACAGUAACGUUACUGUUGGUACGUGAGUGGCGCUGUGAUCUAAACCACUGAGCCUCUUGGGCUUGCUGAUCGGAAGGUCAGUGGUUCGAAUCCCCAUGGCGGGGUGAGCUCCCAUUGCUCUGUCCCAGCUCCUGCCAACCUAGCAGUUCAAAAGCACACCAGUGCAAGUAGAUAAAUAGGUACCACUGCAGCAGGAAGGUAAACAGCGUUUUGUGCACUCUGGUUUCCAUCACAGUGUUCCAUUGCGCCAGAAGCAGUUUAGUCUUGCUGGCCACAUGACCCGGAAAGGUGUCUGUGGACAAACGCCGGCUCCCUCAGCCUGAAAGCGAGAUGAGCACUGCAACCCCAGAGUCACCUUUGACUGGACUUAACCGUCCAGGGGUCCUUUACCUUUUUUUAACCUUUACCAACAGUAACACCUGGAACUUGGCUUGGUAGCAAACUGGCAACCAGUGAAUAUCUAUGAGCAGAGGUGUUACAUGGUGACAGAGUCCCACAGCUGUCAGCACCUGUAUUCUGCAAAAAAAUGCAGUUUCCAGGUCAAGUGGAAGGGAAGCCCCACAGAGAGUGCAUGGCAGUAAUGCCUAAACUGCUGUGGUCAAGUUAUCCUGGUUGUAGCUGUUGUACCCAGUGCAGUUGGUAAAAGGCACUUCAACCACCGAGGCUGCCUAUGCCCCCAGUGACAAAGGUGGAACAAGAAGUACCCCCAUACUCUAGACCUGGGCAGUCCUGGGCAGGCAAAAUUAAUCCAAAAAUCUGUUUCAUAAUCAAAAGUAGCUUCUGCACUGGCAGCAGGUAGAAUGAAAAAUAUUUUCCAGUCAGUGGUCGCUUGACAGUUUUGACUGAUGGAAGUCUCAAACACCACUUUCUGAAUCAGUUAGCUGCGAACUCAUCUCUGUCAGAGUCAAUAAUCUGAUGUCAUUCAAAAUCCUGGGGAUAAAUAUAGAAAAGUCAGUUACCCGUAAAUUGCUCUCUGCAGGGCAGUACUAAGUUACCAUUUUGCAAAAAUGGUGUGUGUCCUUGUUCAUCUAAUUCAUCAACGAAAACACUGACCAGUGCAGAGAACAAACGAAUGGACAGGAAUGAACAGAAUGAAACUUUCUUGUAGGUGUGAUCACUCCUAUAUCUCAUAGCAGGCAGCUAUUUAAAAGUAAAAAUUCAUAUUAGAAAGUGAAAACUCGGGCUCUAGCUGCAUAUGCCUUGUGGGGAGGGACACAUCACUUAGAAUAGAGUGUCAUUUGGUGGGAGGGGUUGCUCAAUGCAUCCCCACCCCCCAAUCCCCCUGGAGAUGUUACUCUAGCCUUGUAGACAUGUUGUUGUUUUUUGCUCUUUUUCGUUUAGCCAGGCCCGCCAAUGGAGAAAACGGCCUAGUGGAAUUUUCAGGGAACUAUUGGCUGGUACAGCAAGUACAGUCGUACCUUGGUUCUCGAACGCCUUGUGACUUGAACGUUUUGGCUCCCAAACACCGCAAACCCGGAAGUGAGUGUUCCGGUUUGCGGACAUUUUUUGGAACCUGAAAGUCUUCCGCGGCUUCUGAUUGAGUGCAGAAAGCUCCUGCAGCCAAUCAGAACCCGUGAUUUGGUUUUCGAAUGUUUUCCAAAGUCAAACGGACUUCCGCAACGGAUUCCCCUCAAGAACCAAGGUACCUUCCUCCUGCCUACUUGAUUCUCCUUUGCAAAUCUGCUUCCCACAUUCACCUUAACCAUCAGAGGACACAUGUUUAAUGUAUAAGCUCUGAUGGGAGCAACGCUUCAUUCUUUGGGAAGAAUGAAGGGACUUGUCUUUCCCAUCUCAUUUUGGCUAAAUACAGACAUUUGUGGUACUACGGCAUUAGGUUUGAUUCAGCACAAACACCUUGAUAACUAUACAAAUAUAAUAAAGUGUGCGUGCGUGUUUUAGCUGCAAAGGAAGCAUCCCCAGUUUUCUUAAUGUCUCAUUACAGAUGUUUUUCUGUGUCUCAUACAAGCAAAUGCAGUGAUGAGAUUGGGGAGAAUGGAUUGCAUGUGACGUCUGGACUGAUCAAGUCAUAUCCUCCCCAGCUUCUUUAAAACUAAGUCAUUGCUUAGCAGGAGAGGUAGCCUUGCGCUGCUGUCUGUUGUUCAGAUUCAUUCAUGGAUGUCAGGGAACUGACAUCGGAGCUAGAGGCGGAGGGGAGGCUCUCAAAUGAUGCUGGAGAAGGGCCCAGCAGGGAGAGAGGCAGCUCAGCAGAUGGGGAAGCAAAUCAGCGCAACACCAGAGAUAAAGGGGGGCAGAUGGGGGAAUCGGCGAGAGGGCUCCAGGACUCUUCACCGGACACCAGCAGGGAGAGCACGGGUCCUCCGCUACCCACGCCCUCCCUGCGCGGAAGCCUUCUGCGCAGGGAGGGUAGGAGGAGACUUGGCGUCAAACAACUUUUAUGUUGGAAAAGGUUUAAGAAACGCCCACUGACGGAUUCUGCUAGCGACUGAGGCAGCCACGAAGUGAAGGGCUGUCCAGACAGAAAGGUUUACACAAGGCAACAUAGCCAGGAGAGGCGGCAACUUACGCACGAGCAACCCAUACUCAUUACAAUUUAUUUAUAGGUGCCAUCAGACCAUCACAAAGCAAGGGAGUUACAUAUUGGUGUAAAACCUAACAGCCAAUAGCAAUGGACACAAACCAAAAUAAAACACAAACUUCACAUUUUGAAUUUCCUUGGUGAACUGCAAUAUUCUCUGAUGGGUCCCUAUCUGAACAAGUGCUAACGUAAAAUGAAAUUUACACAAAACAUAAAUAAAGUGGCGUAAAACCUGACUAUUCUUGUUUAAAUAGAGUUACAGUGUUCUUGCUAAACAGCUAUUAAUGAAUUGGCAAGACUUUGUUUCUUGCCCAGGCCUUUCUGCCCAGGGAUGGGUCAUCUCAGCUUUUCUUAUUGCUAGAAAUAUAAGGCUUUCACUGUUCUUGGGGAAAGCUGAGAAUGUAAAUGGCAGGAAACAGGACAGGAAGCAAAAGUGUGUGUAUCUGCAUUCUGAACAACAGCCAGAGCUUUACUUUUCUCUUUGUAUUCACCCCAGUUGUUAUAAAUUAGCUUUUAAUUUUUCCUAUUUAUUAGUACUUUGUUGAGUGUACUAUGUUUUGACAGUUCAGAUAAGAUCAAAAGCUGGUAAUGAAUAGUGUUGGUUGUAAAGUGUGUGUUUAAGAUAAAGGCCCUUUGUCAUUUGAAAAAAUGUUAAUCUGCAAAAUAGUAAGCUGCUCAAGGAGGGGAAAACCGUAUCUCAGCCAGAAAAUUAUUACGUCCUCUGUCAGAAGCGCAGACAUUUUCCCAAGACAUUUUUGCUUUUGACAAAUGUAAUUAUCGAAAGGCUGCGUUUACAAAAAUAUUAAACAAAAAGGAGCUGUCUGAGUGGAUGAUGCACAGGGAGACAUUGCCAUGGCACUGAAAGCAUUCUAUGUAGAAUGCAGAUCCAUACACUUUUUCUUCCUGUCUGCUAUGCAGCUGCAUAGAUUUGUCCAAACCUUUACAGCAAAAUUAAAUGUAAUGCAAGAGAUCCAUGAUCAGAUCUCCCAGUUUCCUGGUUUUCUUAAAAGCAGCUAGCAGGGAACCUCAAAUUGCAGAAGCGGGGUUAAUAUUUUCCAUCCAUGUCUCUGUCCGUCUGUCUCUCUCCCUCUCCCUUCCCCCCCCCCCCGUUAUUUGUCCAGCUGGGGAAAACACAGGUGAAAACAGAAUUAGAUUUCCAGGAAUGCUUCCAUCUCUUCAAAAUCUAAACAAAAGAACUGUUCUUUUAGACAACUAAUGCAAUUUUGAGGAGGAAACACAGUUUAUCUUGCCUUCAUUCUACCUAGAAUGCCAUGGCAAUGUUUCACUGUACAUCAUCCACUCAGACAGCUCCUUUUUGUUUAAUAUUUUUGUAAACGCAGCCUUUUGAUAAUUAUAUUUGUCAAAAGCAAAAAUGUCUUGGGAAAAUGUCUGCCCUUCUGACAGAGGACAUAAUAAUUUUCUGGCUUUUACCUCCUUGAGCUGCUUACUAUUUUGCAGAUUAACAUUUUUUUCGGAUGACAAAGGGCCUUUAUCUUAAACACACACUUUACAACCAACGUUAUUCAUUACCAGCUUUUGAUCCUAUCUAAACUAUCAAAACGUGGUACACUCAACAAAGUAGUAAUAAAUAGGAAAAAUUAAAAGCUAAUUUAUAACAACUGGGGUGAAUACAAAGAGAAAAGUGAAGUUCUGGCUGUUGUUCAGAAUGAAGGCAAGAUAAACUGUUUCCUCCUCAAACUUGCAUUAGUUGUCUAAAAGACCAGUUCUUUUGUUUAGAUUUUGAAGAGAUGGAAGCACUCCUGGAAAUGUAAUUCUGUUUUCACCUGUGUUUUCCACAGCUGGACAAAUAGCAGGGGUGUGUGUGAGAGAGAGAGAAAGAGAGACAGAGACAUGGAUGGAAAAUAUUAACCCCCCUUCUGCAAUUUGAGAUUCUCUGUUAGCUUCUUUUAAGAAAACCAAGAAAAUGGGAGAUCUGAUAAUGAAUCUCUUGCAUUACAUUUAGUUUUGCUGUAAAAGUACGGACAAAUCUAUUGUCUGAAUUAGAUAUACCUUGCUCUGAAUUGGCGAGACAAUUUGCAUGUUAUAGAGAAACUCAAGGAUUUAACUCACCUUUCUCAAAGUGACCAGUACAACCUGAGAGGAUGAAGAGGCUAUGCUAGUCAUUUUAUUUGCCUGUAUUUUUAUUUUGCAGGAAAUGACAGUUUAAUGUCAAACUUCAAGGUGAUUUUAUUCAUUUCUGAUAUUCCUGUUGUUGCUUUUACAGGUAUUACUUUGUUUUUCACGAGACACUUCAGUGUUGGAACACUUUGCGUACAAUAGCGCUACUCCACCCAAGUCAUACGUUCGAGGUAAAGAAACAAAUAUUUAUUGAUGGUAUUUAUAAAAGAUUAUUGUUAGUGACUUCCACUAGUGAUCGUCAGCGGCUGAGCAGGACUCAAAACCAGAUUUCUCUGGUCCAGGUCUUAGCACUACAAUGCAAACUGUAUUUGUGGCUCACCACAAAUAACCUACUUUUGUGCUGCCUGCAAAAACAGGUGGAUUUUUUAAUUCGCUUUUUUGUUGCGGGGGUUGAGCACUUGGCAGCGUAGCCAGUGGGCUACAUUCGGGGUGGCAAGUCUUGUGUUGCGCAAGUCUGACAAAGAGCAGAACUAGACAUUAUGUGUAGUUCCGUGUUUCUUUUUCCAGGCUUUGCCUCGUUCUAUAUACUGAGGCUGCAAUUUGAAGCUGAAGACCAGGGGAAGAGAGUCAUUCUAAUCGUUCCCUCUUGCAGUGCUUUUCUCCUGACAAGUCUCACCCACUGAUACUGUUAUCCCUGUGGAGGGGAAAAAUAACAUGUACCCAUACUGUUUUUGAUAGUGACUGUAAAGGCAGCUGGCUGUGUGUUUGUGCUUUCUUUUCAGUUGCCUACCUGUGAGGCAGUUCAAUACUUUAAACAGCUGUACUGUAUAAUAGGAUUUCUCUCCCCGCCAUAAAAGUAGGAAGUCUAGAAAUGUAUAUUUCCUGGCCAACAGAAUGCUUGUGACUUUGUGCCCAACUGUUACUGCAUUUUAAAAAUGCUAAUUAUGUUUUAUAAUGCAGCUUUAAAAUAAUUCCUACAGAAUUCAAUGUUGUGGAUUGAAUUUUCACUGCUAAACAUUCUGCACAUGAACGGUAUUUAUGAAAGAUUGAUUGAUUGAUUGAUUGAUUGAUUGAAUUUAUAUACUGCCCUAUACCCGGAGGUCUCAGGGCGGUUCACAGAAAAGACGAAAACAGAUCAAAAGCAGAACUAGAGAGCAUUUUCAUCUACCAUAAAACCUAAGGCUCUAAAACCACCCAUGACUGUCAUCUUUUACAUUCUCUCCAGAUCGCAUCAUAGGUCCCUGCUUAACUUCAGAGAGAGAAAAUGACCCUACAGUGGUACCUCCACUUAAGUACUUAAUUCGUUCUGGAGGUCCAUUCUUAACCUGAAACUGUUCUUAACCUGAAGCACCACUUUAGCUAAUGGGGCCUCCUGCUGCCGCCACGCCGCCGGAGCAUGAUUUCUGUUCUCAUCCUGAAGCAAAGUUCUUAACCCGAGGUACUAUUUCUGGGUUAGCAGAGUCUGUAACCUGAAGCGUAUGUAACCCGAGGUUCCACUGUAUUUUAAAAUUCAUGUAGGCAUAUGCUAAAACAGCAAUUUCGCUCAAAUAAUGCUUCUGUGCUCUAGAUUUAAAUAAUGGGUUUGAUCCUCUCAAAGCAAAGCACUUUUAAAGUCCUGCUAAUUUCUUUUAAGCCUUACUGAUACUAGGCUGAAGGGAUGGGGGAGAGGGAAUGACGCUUGGCUUUGUCAUGGAAAUCUGUCUUCACAGAAAGUGAAGGCAGGAAGGCAGUUUUGUAUUGUGCUGGGUAGAACAGCCUAAGAUCCUCUUCUUUCAGUAGAAGGUCUCAGCUGAUCCUCCCCCCAAAAACCCCCCCAAAAACAGAGUAUUCUCUGUUCCCCUUGAUGCCCUGAGAGAAAAAGUGAUGGCCCUUUAACUGAAUGGGCAGUAGAGUUUUCACCACUUUUUGUUCCCUUACCUUCCUCUGCCUGAUGUGACCUAGGUCAGAAAUGAUCAGGACCUCACACUUCCUUUCCCUGUCAUAACAGCUGCAUGGAACUUUAAUUUGACCAGGGAAGUGGGGUUGCAAAGAGGGCUUAGUCCUUUUCUUCUUAGCCCUGAUAUAUGGCAUUUUCCUUCAGAAGCUCAUUUGGGUGAAGAGGGAAAUGGAGGCAGCUUUGGGUCCCUUAUCUCCGCGCUGCCAUGGAGAGAGUAUGCCAAAAGGAGUCAGCUUUUCCCUUCACUUAACGCUGAGCAACGGCAGGUUCAAAUCCUAGCUGCAAAGGAAAUGUGAUGGGAAAGAUCCAUGAUGAGGAUUUCCCAGAGACAUUUUUACUCCAAAGUUGCUGCAUCAGCUGCUAGUUUAACUGCGAUUGUGGGAGGGAUGUUUAACUCCCUUCCCAUCUCCGAAAUAGAUAUGAAGAAGGAAAAUUACAGCAGGGAAAUGCCAUAGAAAGAAAGCGUUAAGCACCCAGUGAUAGUUUGCCAGUCAAACUACCAGCCUCACACGACUGUUUUAAAUUAAAUCUACCUAUCUAUGAGAGAACCGAACCAUCAAUCACAUCCGCUUUGGUGCUCAGUAUUUGAACUGUUGUUGCUAAAUAGCAAGUAAAGUGAGAAAACCACUCACUCACUUGGUCUGUGAGCUGCCCUGAGACCUCCAGGUACAGUGGUACCUCAGGUUACGUACACUUCAGGUUACAUAUGCUUCAGGUUACAGACUCCGCUAACCCAGAAAUAGUACAGUGGUGCCUCGCAAGACGAAAAGAAUCCGUUCUGUGAGUCUCUUCGUCUAGCGGUUUUUUCGUCUUGCGAAGCAAGCCCAUUGACGGAUUAGCGCUAUUAGCGGCUUUUAGCGGCUUUUAGCGGCUUAUCAGCUUAUCGGAUAAGCAGAUAAGCGGCUUAGCGGCUUAGAAAAAGGGGGGGAAAGGAAAAAAAAACUGCAGGAACUCGCAAGACAUUUUCGUCUUGCGAAGCAAGCCCAUAGGAGAUUCGUUUUGCGAAGCACCUCCAAAACGGAAAACUCUUUCGUCUAGCGAGUUUUCCGUCUUGCGAGGCAUUCGUCUUGCGGGGCACCACUGUACCUUGGGUUAAGAACUUUGCUUCAGGAUGAGAACAGAAAUCGUCCAGCGGCGCGGCGGCAGCAGGAGGCCCCAAUAGCUAAAGUGGUGCUUCAGGUUAAGAACAGUUUCAGGUUAAGAACGGACCUCCGGAACGAAUUAAGUACUUAACCCGAGGUACCACUGUAUAGGGUGGUAUAUAAAAUCAAUCAAUCAAUCAAUCAAUCAAUCAAACAAACAAUCAUUUCUGUCCAACUUGCUUGUCUGCAUGGAGAGCAGGAUUGUUUUCCCCAAAAUUCAUAUUAAGAAAUCCAAUAGGUGGCUAUUCAAAGUUUGAGUAAGACAUGUUUCACGUAUUUGCAUUGAUCUCAUUCAUUGUUCGUUCUUUUAGAAGAUUAUUUUGUAGAUUGGUCUGUUUUACAGCUCUGUAGCGUUACACCAUAGGGAUGCGGGUGGCGCUAUGGGUUAAACCACAGAGCCUAGGACUUGCCGAUCAGAAGGUCGGCGGUUCGAAUCCCCGCGACGGGGUGAGCUCCCCUUGCUCAGUCCCUGCUCCUGCCAACCUAGCAGUUCGAAAGCACGUCAAAGUGCAAGUAGAUAAAUAGGUACCGCUCUGGCGGGAAGGUAAACAGCGUUUCCAUGCGCUGCUCUGGUUCGCCAGAAGCGGCUUAGUCAUGCUGGCCACAUGACCCGGAAGCUGUACGCUGGCUCCCUCGGCCAGUAAAGCGAGAUGAGCGCCACAACCCCAGAGUCAGCCACGACUGGACCUUAUGGUCAGGGGUCCCUUUACCUUUACUAGCGUUACACCAUAAUCAUUCCUAAUUUCCCACUGCCGUUUCACUUUCUCAACUGCAUCAGAUCUACAUUUUCAAUUUGGAAAAGUCUUUGUUCUCUUCCCCUAUGUCUGUUACUUACUCUUUUCCAUUGACUGUUCUUUUCACAGGGAAACUUGGCAUGGAAGAAUAUGCUGUCUUUUAUCCGCCAAAUGGUAAAGCAGUUAUCCUGUUGCCUCCUCUAGUGGGGAAAGGGGAAACUGCAGUAAUUUCUAAGACCACGAAUUCUCCUGAUUUAUGUAACGGACAACUGGAAACACAACAGGGUUUGACAGGAAGAGGUUUCCCUCUUUUCUUAGAGAAUUGACCAUGUUUUAUCAUGUUCUAGCCGCUGUUUGGGCAUGCUUAAUCCCACCGUUGUCUUUGGCUGAGCAUAUUUUGCAUAUGCUGUAGUACAGUUUUUACAGCAUGAGCUGGCCUUUCUGCCACUAGCUCGUGGUCUGGAGUUGGAAGUCUGUGGGAGCAGGCUUGCUGAACCCUUUCCCAACUCACCAUGCGAUUUGCAAUUGUGCAAGUGAGUUGCACAAUUUGCAAACCGGGCCCCCCGUAUUUGGGGGACUGGAAUACGGCAGCCCUGCGCUAAGACCUUCUAGCAGUUGGUCCCUUACUUUUCCCGCCCCGACCUGGCCACAGUGAUCCAUGCGAUGGUCACCUCCAGGCUUGACUACUGUAAUUCGCUCUACACGGGGCUGCCCUUGAAGCUGUCCCAGAAACUCCAGCGGGUGCAGAAUGCUGCAGCAAGGCUCCUCACGGGGUCUCUGCCAUGGGAACAUAUUCACCCAGUGCUUUUCCAGCUGCAUUGACUCCCGGUGGAGUACAGGGUCAGUUUUAAGGUGCUGGUUUUGACUUUUAAAGCCCUUCACGGCCUAGAACCCUCGUACCUACGGGAUUGGCUCUCCUCGUAUGCCCCACGGAGAACCUUAAGGUCCAUAUAUAGCAACACCCUAGAGGUCCUGGGCCCUAAGGAAGUUAGAUUAGCCUCAACCAGAGCCAGGGCCUUCUCAACACUGGCUCCGGCCUGGUGGAACGCUCUGUCUCUUGACACCAGGGCCCUGCGGGAUCUGAUCUCUUUCCGCAGGGCCUGUAAGACAGAGUUGUUCCACCUGGCCUUUGGCUCAGAAUCAGUUUGAUUCCCUCCCCCUUUUUCUUUUUCCUUUCUCCUCCUAUGAUGAGAUUGCUCCCUAAUUGUUUUAAUAUUGUAUCUUAAUCUUUUAAAUCGUAUUUUAAUCAACUUGUUUGUAUUAUUGGUUGUUAGCCGCCCUGAGCCCGGUCUUGGCUGGGGAGGGUGGGGUAUAAAUAAAAAAAAAAUUAUUAUUAUUAUUAUUAGCGAUGGUGCUGCACCGGAAGGAGAAGAGGUGCCUUUGCAAGACAGUAUAAUACAAUCCCAGACAAAUAGCACCAACACAUCCUUAGAACUCCUUCACAGUUGAACUGUCAUGAGUGGCUCCACUUCUGAGUUUUCGGUAGGGAGCCAGGCAGAGGGCCUUCUCGGUGGUGGCGCCCUCCCUGUGGAACGCCCUCCCAUAAGAUGUCAGGCAGAUAAAGAAUUACACCACUUCUAGAAUACAUCUGAAGGCAGCCCUGUUCAGAGAAGUUUCUAGUGUUUGACAUUUUAUUAUUUUUUAGAUUUUGCUGGAAGCCACCCAGAGUGGCUGGGGAAACCCAGACAGAUGGGCGGAGUAUAAACAAUAAAAUUAUUAUUAUUAUUCCUCCUAAUUGCAGUGGGAAGUGCAAGACAAAGAGAGAACACUGUGUGUCUGCAUGUGCAGCGAGUGUAUGCGGUGAACAUAUAUGUGCAAUGAAUGUGUGCACAUUGUUGACAUGCAGCUCUUAGUGGGGUGGCUAACUUUACAUUUGGCCGUGGCCUCAAAAAAGCCAUCAACUCUGAACUAAAAGAAGCCUGCAGAAUUUCUGACCCUUUACAUUGAACGCAACUCGCCAACCAUCUGUUGUUAGGCUUGUAAGGCCUUCUGUUUUUGGCAUUUGAAGAAGGAGAUUUUAUUGAGCCACUGGUUAGCCUCUGAUUUAUGAUUGCUAACCAGUGGCUUUUUUUGAUGGCUUUUGUCAUCGGUUGGGUAUACUUUUGUCUGGGGUUUUUUCCCUUACAAAGCAUAAAGAACUGUGGAAUCAUGAACAAUCCUCACAGUAAACUGGAAUAUCUCUGUUUUGCAGGUGUAAUCCCUUUCCAUGGCUUUUCGAUGUACGGUAAGUGGCUCUUCAAUACUAGCACUGGAGCUAAAAAUUGGAAGUUUGAUUAAUUGAAUAAGUAAGUCAGUUUAUAUUGUUGCAAUAUCAUAUCUGUCUGUGUUUAUCAUACCUGGAGGUUUGGUGGAGAUUAAGUUGGAUUGCUGGUCUUAGUUCCAGCAUUUCAGUAGGUGGGAUUUCUGGAGAAUGGGGCCAGGGAGUUGUUUGAGCUGUCAGGCUCCUAUGUUUGGCUUGCAUCUCAUAGCCUUAGGAUUCGGGGAAUUUUUGGCAAGUAAUGGGGCCUGUUGUUCAUCGUUGGAGGAAGAAGAGCCUUCUUCCACAUUCUUCCCCUGCCCAGGAGGCUAAUUCUGAUUUUUUAUUAAUUUUUCUAUUGUUGCUGUUCUUCUUCUUCUUAAUUAAAUGUUAGUCACUUUAUUUUGCCCAAGAUAACUCAAAGCAACCUACAACCAACCAAGUAACCAACCAAACAUCCCCACCACAUAGAUACAUUAAACUGAAGGUUAAAAAAUACAUUUAAAACACCCAACCAACUUCUAAAAGGCCACAGAUAGUUAAAGGCCACAGGCCUAGUUGUAGAAGAAAGUUCUUGUCUGGUGUAUAAAGAGAUAUAAUAAUGGUGUCAGGCGAGCCUCCCUGGAAAGAACUGUCCACAAACAGGGAGCCACCACAGAAAAGGUCCAUUCUUGUGCUGCCGCCCUUGGGAUCUAUCAUGGAGGGAACACACAAGGGCUUCAGGUGAUGAUCACAGGUUCUGGGGUGGUUCAUAUUUUGCAACCAGGUUGGGGUUGCAUGGAAGUACCUACCUAUGGAUAGUAUUUAUGUGGCUACCCCAGUUUCUUCACUGGUUAUUUUACCAAAUAAAUAAAUACAGUGGUACCUCGGGUUAAGUACUUAAUUCAUUCUGGAGGUCCGUUCUUAACCUGAAACUGUUCUUAACCUGAAGCACCACUUUAGCUAAUGGGGCCUCCUGCUGCCGCCGCACGAUUUCUGUUCUCAUCCUGAAGCAAAAUUUUUAACCUGAAGCACUAUUUCUGGGUUAGCGAAGUCUGUAACCUGAAGCGUAUGUAACCUGAAGCGUAUGUAACCUGAGGUACCACUGUAAAUAAAUUUGUGUGACUUUGUAUGUGCAACCCACGCUUUGGUCCUGAUUAACAGCAUUGUGCCUUCAAGCAAAUCUGUCUCAACUGUGAGACUGGCAUUCCCAAAGUAAUCACAUGUUUAAAGUGGCCUGUUGUUAUUCCACUUGUCAAUAAAAAGGCAAUACUUGAAUGACUAUUAAGAAAAGACACGAUUAUUCCAUAGCUGCGGCUGCAUUAACAUACGUAUUGUUCUUAUUUCUACCUCCACAAAGAACUGGUGUUCGUUCAGAAUAUGCAGGUUUUGUUUGACAUGCAUCUUGUGAUUUUAACAAGUAGUGGUGUUGUGGUAACAAAUGUCUUUUAUCCUUUCAGUCGCUCCACUUUGUUUCCUGUAUAACGAACCUUCCAAGCUGUAUCAGAUGUUUCGCGAAAUAUACGUGCGCUAUUUCUUCCGACUUCAUUCCAUCUCUUCUCACCCGUCCGUAAGUUUGCUUUGAACAAAUCUGAACAUGCAAAAGGCAACGAACUAAAAUAUGCCUCUCUCUUUUUACCGUGCCUGUUCUAAAAACUCAGGACAGCUGUCUAUGCAAACCUUCGCUUUGUUUGACUUGUACAAAAAUAUUUUAAAAUGUAGACCUCUGUGUUGAUAAAAUCUCUUGCGUAUUAAAUAUGAACAUACAAGACAGAUUUAUACUGUCAGUUUAUUGGCCUGUUUCAUAGGGAUAAUAGAAUCACAAGUGCUGGAAGAGACCCUGAGGAUCAUCUAGUCCAGGCCCCUACAAUGCAGGAACAUUGUGAUAGGAAUUUUGAGGUCUUAGAUAUAAGUUAAAUGUUCAUAAGUGUACCAACCAAGCACAUACAUAGAUCAGCACAGGAAGACCGACCUGGAACCAUUUUGAUUUUCAAACUGUCCCAAACUGACCAAAUGUUUUUUCUGCAAUGUCAAAGAAAAAUGGAAAAGCCUCCCCAUUGUCUUUACCUUCACAAAUCCUGUCUUAAGGGUAUGUCUGUGUUUGAAUAGGGUGUGAGCCUGUGACCUGGUCCAGGAACUAAAUAUUUAUCACUACAAAAGAAUGGCCAGGCUCCCCAGGCAAUCCAAUCAAGUAACCUGCCAGACAGGAGAUAAAUAACGACAGGAGAAAAACAACAUUCAAAUUUCUGUUUUAAGACCGCCUUUUCUCUGAUGUAGGUAUGAUGUAUCUGAGGGGUGGUCUUAUUUUACACCCCUUCUGUGAUGUAUGUAUGAUGUUUCUGGGGGUGGUCUUGAUCUACAGGGUGGCAAUUUCAAAAGUCUUUAUAUGGCCUUGCACGCCAUUUUUCUGGGUUCCUCCUCUCUCUUGCGGGUGAGGGGAGCACCCUGUUGCAACAGAUCAAUAAAGAUCAAGCUUACUAGCUGCUUUGCUUCUCGAUAUGCUCUGGUUGGCCUCUGUUAUUCUCUCCUACAAAUAGGGAACCUAUGUAAGGACUCUAUAUGGGCUCUUGGAUACCCCAUAAGGGAAAAGGGCAAUUUUUGUUUACAACAACAUGCAGGUGUCCCUUUUAGGGAUCGAACCUGCAACCUUGGUGUAAACCAUGCUCUAGCCAACUGAGCUAUAGAAGAAACAGUUUAAAGCCUCAGCUGGAUGUCUUUUCCAAUCCUGCUGAGAUUCUUCAACUAGAGAUCUGGAGUUUGAACCUGGGACCUAAUAAUAAUAAUAAUAAUAAUAAUAAAUUAUUAUUUAUACCCCGCCCAUCUGGCUGGGUUUCCCAGCCACCCUGGGCGGCUUUCAGCAGAAUAUUAAAAUACAAUCUAUCAUGUCAUUUUGCAUGCAAAACUAUGCUACCAUGUGUCGGUUUAAAAGGCAAACACAUUUCUUGCGGCCUGAGCUUUUUUUGAGCUAGGUUCCACUUUGUGAGAUUUAUAAAGCAUUAUAAAAAAAAUUGACAGAUGUAUACGUACAGGGAUAGAAAAGAAUUUCAGAAAUGGGAGUGAGUUUGGAAACGGUCUCGCAGUCCUUGGGUCAUGUUCAGCCGCAGCUAACAUACUGAGCCUUCAAUGCCAACAUCCUCUUCAGUUUGAGAUUGUAAUUUAAUUACCUGAUGCAAAAUUACCCAGGUUAAUUUUAUCCAGGGUUAACAGGAGUUGCUCGCAACUUAAAACCUAGGCAGGGAGAAAGGUGUUAUGUCUGAAUCGGGACAGAGUGUUUCCCACACAUUAAAUGUUCUGGAGAAGUUUGAUACAUUCUAUCCAGGGGAUUAAUUUAGGUUGGCUCUGGGAGGGAUUCAAAUGAGUUUUUGCGUUCAUGGAACAAGAUUCUCCCCUCCCUUUGUGUGUUGACACAACUCCUAAAUCUGCUCUGGAGCAUUGGGAGAAUUUCCAGCAGAGGUUUAUGGGGUACACAGUGAGAAGAUAGGGAGGGAAAGCCCGGGGGGGGGGGAGAUUAUUAAGUUGUUUUUGUUUUUGUUGUGUAUUUUACAUUUUUAUAUUGUGAUUUUAUGUUGUAGAUGCCCUGAGACCUGCAGGUAUAGGGUGCAAGGCUAUGUAAAUACUGUGAUUUCACAGGGACUCAGAAAAAGCAUUAGGUACUAAAUUUGGCUUCCUAAGAAUCUUUUAGCUUUCAUUUAAAAAAAACAAAACAAAACAAGAACAUAAUUCUCAUGCUUUUGGUUGCAAAUAAAUGCUGGAAGAUGUAAUGUCUACUGAAUCCUAGGAAGUAGGGUGGAAUCCCAACUUCCUCAUGACAAACAACACCAGGAUAAAUUAUGUAAAACAGGAAAAAUGGCAAAAUAACAGGAAAAAAUGGAAGCUUUGCUAUUCCGUAAAACUAAUAUCCAUCACAGAAUUCAUUUUUUCUUAUUUUAGUGUAGAGUGCAUGUAGUGCUGAUUUUGUGGUUUAAACCUAUAUUUAAGAAAACUCAUGCUGAAAUCAAGAUUAUCUUUAUAUAUUAAUUUUGUUGGCCUUAAAUGCCGGUUUGUUGCCCUUCAUUGCAUGUAUCUAGGAAAGAAUCUGUUGUCUGUGUCUGCAACCGACGAUGUUUUAAUAUGAAAAAUUCCACAACCUCACUUUAUCAAAUCUUACUGUACUACUUUGACUUGUUAUAUGUAUGUUUUCAAUCUAUGCAUGAACUACAUUGGUUAUUUUUUCACUAUCUAUCUUUAAAACUCAUUAGUAGUAAGAGGUACACUUGUUGUACGGUUGUGCUUUUAUAAAAAGUAAAUUAUUAUACUCUUUCUUUUUUAAAGGGCAUUGUAUCAUUAUGUUUGCUGUUUGAAACCCUUCUCCAAACCCAUCUACCACAGCUGUUUUAUCACCUUCGAGAAAUAGGAGCACAGCCGUAAGCAUUUUCCCUUACCUUUAAAAACUGACACCAUCGUCAUCAUUAUAUUUGCAUGCCAACUUUCUGUAGUUAAACCCAUGCUCGAGGCAGCUUACAACUUGAAAAGGUUUACUAAAUUACAAAUACAGUGGUACCUUGGUUCUCAAACUUAAUCCAUUCCCAAAGUCCGUUCCAAAACCAAAGCGUUCCAAAACCAAGGCACGCUUUCCCGUAGAAAGUAAUGCAAAAUGGAUUAAUCCGUUCCAGACUUUUAAAAAGAACCCCUAAAAUGAAAGCAAUAAUCAAUGUGCUGUACUAUAAAAUAAAUACGACAGUAUUAUAGAUGAUAAAAAUUAAAAUUAUUUUUUUCCUGACCUGCACUGAAGAUAAUAAUAAUAAUAAUUUAUUAUUUGUACCCCGCCCAUCUGGCUGGGUUUCCCCAGCCACUCUGGGCGGCUUCCACAUAGACCAAAAAUACACUAAGAUGUCACACAUUAAAAACUUCCCUGAACAGGGCUGCCUUAAGAUGUCUUCUGAAUGUCAGGUAGUUGUUUAUCUCUUUGACAUCUGAUGGGAGGGUGUUCCACAGGGCGGGCGCCACUACCGUGAAGGCCCUCUGCCUGGUUCCCUGUAGCUUUGCUUCUUGCAAUGAGGGAACCGCCAGAAGGCCCUUGGUGCCGGACCUCAGCGUCCGGGCAAAAAGAUGGGGGUGGAGACUCUAGUCAUUGUUUGGAUGGGGGGCUUUUAUCCAUUUCUGCAGUCACACAAUCAAUCAAUCAAUCAAUCAAUCAGUAGCUGAACUGGGUUCCACGUGGUCACAAAAACAAAUGAACCGAAAAAGCCUCAAAAACAAAAAAUGCAAAAUAAAUAGCAAAAACAAAAGCACCAAAUAUAAGCUCUAAAUAUCACCUCAGAACACUGCAGUCGGAAGCAGAUGGCUUGAAUUACAAUGGGGGGACGCAAAUUAGCAGUGCAACAGUUAAAAACAGAAAUGGAAGGUUUCAAUUACAAUGGGGGACGCAAAUUAGCAGUGCAACGGUAGAAACAGAAGCUCAGGACUCAAAACGGAGCACGUUUGACUUUUGAAGCAAAGUUUGCAAACUGGAACACAGACUAAGCUGUUCGAAAACCGAGGUACCACUGUAUAACAUAACUAGUCAUAAACAAUUGAGAAUGUUGACAAUAGGAUCUAGGGAGGGGAUGAUGGGAAAUCUCGAAAUUCAGAGAAAUCUCUUUAUAUGGCUAUGUAUUUGGUAUUGUUAUAACUUUACACUUGUAAAAUCAAAUAAAAACGAUAUACCAUAUUUUUUCAUGUAUAACACGCCCCAGUGUAUAAGACGCCCCCUAUUUUUGGAGACUUAAAAUUAAGAAAAUGGGGGGAGAUUGCCCUCGUGUAUAAGACUACCCCUCUUUUUAACAUUAUUUUUAGUAAAAAAAAAACCUAGUCUACACGGAAAAGUACAGUAUAUCAUUCCUCCCUUGGGAUCCACAAUGGAAUCAGAUGUGGGUAGGAACACUAGAAAUAUCACAAUUCAAAUACAGGUUUAAAAAGUUAAGAAACGGGUCCCAAAACACGUUUUUGGGUUAAAGAUGAUUUUUCAGGUCUGAAAAAGACUCCUGCUUCAAGGUACAAACUCAGAGUAACAAAAAUCAAGGUUGACAUAUUUGCUUACCUGCGUGGAGACACAUAACAUUUGCUGUUACCCUAAGGAGAAUGCAUUUACAAUAGAUGCUAAACAGUACUUUCUUUCCCGAUUUUGAAUAUUGAAAUACUGUUAAGCUCAAGAAGCAGAUAGCAAAUAGAUUCUGAAUGAGUGAACUGAGUGUAUCAUGCCAGAUUUAGCAUUAAGAAGAAUUACUUUCUUUAGUUGGCUUUGGCUUUAGCUGUGCUCUUUUCCGUUUACGGCUCAGAAAUCCACAUAAGCACAUCUAAGUCAAAAGGCAAAUCCACUGUGAUUGUAUGUUAUGGGGAAAUAUAACAGUGUGUGUUUCUUUCCACUCAUAGUCUAAGGAUAUCAUUUAAAUGGAUGGUACGAGCAUUCUCCGGCUACUUAGCUACAGAUCAGCUUCUGCUUUUGUGGGACAGAGUUCUGGGAUACAACUCUCUGGAAAUUCUUGCUGGUAAUGAAAACAUAUUUUGUUGAUGGUAUUGACAUUCUCCCUUUUUAAAGAAAAAUGAUAUCAACACAAGAGGCUUCAGUAUCCUCGUGUGCAAUUGCAUGGUUUCAGUAGCUUUUCAUUGUGUGACCUCCGACUCAGUGUCUUAAAACUUAUAAUUUUGGAAACGGAGAGUGGCUGGGCCUCUGUCCUGUUCCCUCACUUCUGCUAUUCUGAGAACUGGCAUGAAAGUAAAGGGACCCCUAGAUUGGAAGAAAUUCAAAGAUUAUCUUCAGAAACAUUGCAAAAUUAAAGAAUGUUAGAGUGAUGUUGGACUGAAAAUAAGUGGUUUCCAGCUGUACAGGUUAAAGUUAAUGAUAGACUAAGAUUAAAGAUUAGGAUUAAAGAUGUUUAAGGAAAUGGAAAUUUGGUAAUUAAGAGGUAAAAUUUCAAGGUUAUAUUACAUUAAGAUCAAAGAUUAGGUUUAAAGAAGUUGAAGUUAUACAUUAUAUUAAAAUUAAAGAUUGGGAUUAAAAAGUGGAAAAGAAAUUGCUGGACAAACAAUUUGAAUUGGAAUACAAAAGAGGGAGGUAUGAGGAAGUCCAGAAAAUAAGUAAACUCAAAACGGAAAUGGAAAAGAGAUAUUGUUUUUAAUUGUUAUUUUUUUUAUUAUUAUUAUUGUUGAUUCUUGCUUUUCGUGUUUUUUUAAUUUUUUUCCCUGAGAUUUGUAUUGUGUAUUUGUGUAUCUUUUUUUAUGUUCUUUUUCUUUGUUGUUGUUGUUUAAUUUUUGAUUGAAACCUUAAUAAAAUUUUUUUUUUUUUUUUUAAAAAGGUAAAAGUAAAGGGACCCCUGACCAUUAGGUCCAGUCAUGGCCGAGUCUGUGGUUGUGGCGCUCAUCUCUCUUUACUGGCCGAGGGAGCCGGCGUUUGUCCGCAGACAGCUUCCAGGUCAUGUGGCCAGCAUGACUAAGCCGCUUCUGGCGAACCAGAGCAGCACACGGAAACGCCAUUUACCUUCCCACCGGAGUGGUCCCUAUUUAUCUACUUGCACUUUGAGGUGCUUUUGAACUGCUAGGUUGGCAGGAGCAGGGACCGAGCAACGGGAGCUUCGAACUGCCGACCUUCUGAUUGGCAAGCCCUAGGCUCUGUGGUUUAGACCAUAGCGCCACCCGUGUCCCGUUUAUAAUACAAAUACUAAUACCAAUCAUUCAAAUACUGCAUUAUAUAAUUUAGGUAGUCCCCCGCGUGCUAGAUUUAAUGGUGUGAUGAUUUUCUUUAUUUCUGCGUUGCAGAAGCUUAUUAAUUUCAAUUAUAUUCUGGUCAAAAUAAUAAUCCCUUAUACAACAGCUGCAAUAUUAAUAACUUCUAUUCGUGUUGACACAUGAUUUAUAGAACUACAAGUAAGGCAAAUAUCACAUUAAGAAAUUCUUAAUAUAUUUAUUCUGUUGAGCACUUUAAGUGACUUUCUCGUACGUCUUUUCUUUAAAACGAAACUGUCACAAAUGGACUAGAAUGGCGCAUUUAAGCUGGCUAUAUAAUAUUUCCCAAACUAAGUAUUACUGAAUUGAACGUAAAGAAUAGCUAGACCAAAAUAUCUGUAGCAACUAAUUAGUAGGCCGCCAGUCUAAAUAUUGUGCAUUCUUUUUCAGUCCUGGCAGCUGCCGUGUUUGCUUUCCGAGCUGUGAAUCUAAUGGAGGUGACAUCACUGGCUGCAGCUGAAGUAAGGAUAAGUUUCAGUGGGAGAAAAUGGAAAUAGUUUGUGACAUCUUGCCAACCACAGUGAUUUAAGCUCCGUGUGCACAUAGCAUGCAAUGUGAGGCUCUCUGCUGAAAUUCUUAUCUCGGCUAAAUAUUCAAAGGAAGUUAUGAAAAUAUAUGGAUGAAGCUCAUGAUACUCCUAUGACAAAUACAAAGGAGAAUGUUUAAACUGGGUUAUAAACACGAUGAAAUAAUUGAAUUAUUUUUUUCAAUUACACUUAGGGCCUUUCAUAUACUUUGAGUGUACGCUUUUUAAAAUAUGCACCACUGUUCUGAGAGGUAUGAUAGAGAAAUUCCUAAAUCUACUUUAGGGCAAUACUUUUAUUAGGCCAACCAAAGCAUGCAAGUUUUCGAGUCUUGCUGAACUUCAGUCAGGGCAGAGGCUGAACAAGGCAGGUGGAGAGGAUAGAAACUGGCUGGUGGUGAAGCUCUGAAUCUUCAUCUGCUAAGAGCCGUCCAGAAUAUUGGAGGAAGUAGCAAGUAUUCAGAUGAGGCUUUCUCCCUCGUUGCUUUGUUUUACCAUCUAGCCUGAUAAAGGCUAUUUUGGGACAUGUUAGUUGCCUUAAUAAAUGGUAAAGUAAAGGUAAAGGGACCCCUGACCAUUAGGUCCAGUCGUGGCCAACUCUGGGGUUGCGGCGCUCAUCUCUCUUUAUUGGCCGAGGGAGCCAGCGUACAGCUUCCGGGUCAUGUGGCCAGCAUGAUUAAGCCGCUUCUGGCGAACCAGAUCAGCACACGGAAACGCCAUUUACCUUCCCGCCAGAGCGGUACCUAUAUAUCUACUUGCACUUGACGUGCUUUCAAACUGCUAGGUUGGCAGGAGCAAGGACCGAGCAACGGGAGCUCACCCCGUCACGGGAUUCGAACCGCCGACCUUCUGAUCGGCAAGUCCUAGGCUCUGUGGUUUAACCCACAGCGCCACCUGCGUCCCUUAAUAAAUGGUACUGCCCUAAUAAUGGAUUUUGGAACCCUUUUCCUGGGCCAACAUGACUACUUUUUAACUUUUUUGGAAAAAAAUAUGUUUACUACAAACCAUUUCUGCUAUGUGUAGGUUUUCAAGAGACAAUAUAACACUCUCACAGUGCAAUUCUAAACACCUGCUCAGAAGUAACUUCACUUCUCGCAGUGAAGGAACCGCCAGAAGGCCCUCAGAGCUGGACCUCAGUGUCCAGACUGAACAAUGGGGGUGGAGACGCUCCUUCAGAUAUACUGGGCCGAGGCUGUUCAGGGCUUUAAAAGUCAGCACCAACACUUUGAAUUGUGCUCAGAAACGUACUGGGAGCCAAUGUAAAUCUUUCAGAACAGGUGUGAUAUGGUCUUGGCGGCAACUCCCAGUCACCAGUCUAGCUGCCACAUUCUGGAUUAGUUGUAGUUUCCGGGCCACCUUUAAAGGUAGCCCAAGUUAGAGUACAUCACAGUAGUCCAAGCGGGAGAUAACCAGAGCAUGCACCACUCUGGCGAGACAGUCCGCGAGCAGGUAGGGUCUCAGCCUGCAUACCAGAUGGAGCUGGUAGACAGCUGCCCUGGACACAGAAUUGACCAUGCAUAAUUUUACACAUCAAAAUUAUGUGCAAAUGUUGUAACCUCUUCUUGUAGGGGAGGUUUUCCAGCUUCCUUAGCAUUUUGGUUGCCAGUUUCCAUGUCUCCAAUAUCCUGAUGAUAGUUAUUACGAGUUUGGUCACACCAUUGUUUUCUUCUCCUUUCCUAAUGAUCCAUGGUGUAGAACAGUGUUUCCCAACCUUGGGCCUCCAGCUGUUUUUGGACUACAACUCCCAUCAUCCCUAGCUAGCAAGACCAGUGGUCAGGGAUGAUGGGAAUUGUAGUUCAAAAACAGCUGGAGGCCCAAGGUUGGGAAACACUGGUGUAGAAUCCACCUUCGUCAUAGCUGCUGCAAUACUGUGUGGACUUCUUCCCCUAGCUAUUAGCCAUGACCCCAAGAUCUCAUUCCUGCCAGUCACUGCUGGCUCAGUGUAUAUUAUUAUUAUUGAAUUUAUAUACCACCCUAUGCCUGGAGGUCUCAGGGCAGUUCACAGAACAAAAUCCAAAUAUAAAACCACAAAAUUUAUAAUCAAAAUAAAAACAACCCAAUAACCCCCCCCCAAAAAAAACCCCACAUUUUAAAAGGUCAGGGGUGCCCAAACUUUUUUCAAAGAGGGCCAGAUUUGAUGGAGUGAACAUGCAUGAGGGCCGACCAAAGUUGUUGACUUUUUGGGGGGGAUUUUACCCCAGGAAAUAAACUGCCGGGGCCGAAUUAAACUGUCUGGCGGGCCGGAUUAGGCCCCCCAAACGGACUUUGGACAUGCCAGGCAUAGGAUAUCUAUCAAAUCAACCAAAGGCCCAGUUAAAAAGGAACAUUUUCCCCUGGGGCCUAAAGGUUUAUAAUGAAGUUAGGAUAUUUUGCCCCAAUGUACGACGCUUUAUACAUACUUGCACUGAAUCACAUUUUCCCAUUUUAUUCCCCAUUUGUCCAAACCCUAAUUCUCUCUAAGAGCAGCGGAACUACCAACUGGAAACUGGCAUUUCCUUACUGUAUCAUUAAAGGUCUCCCUUUUUGUUUCUCUCAUCUUACCUGUAUUAGUCACCUUGCCUUCAAAGGAAUGAACUUUGUCCUGAAGAGCUAGUUUUUCAGUUAUUGCAUCAUGUUGACACAAGUUGUACCCAACAGGCAGUUGUACAUGUGGCAAUCUGGGUGACAUUCUAAUUUCGGAUUUUCCUUUUUGGGAUUUUUUUUUUAAGCGGAGUCCAGUGCUGUGAGGUUUGGUGAGGUUUUCUGAAAAGCUUCCUGGCCCCACUGUGUUGGCAAACUUGCAAAAGUUCUUAACUUUCCCAACUCCUUAAUUCAAUGCUUCAUCUCUUGGGGUCCAGCUCAUCUGCAGAGCUCUCUCCAGACUUUUACUAAAUAUGGCUAGCUUUCCCCCAGUUAGGUAAAAUGACUGGCCUUCAAAAAAGGGGUGGCGCUGUGGGUUAAACCACAGAGCCCAGGACUUGCCAAUCGGAAGGUCGGCAGUUCAGAUCCCUGCGACAGGGUGUGCUCCCAUUGCUCGGUCCUAGCUCCUGCCAACCUAGCAGUUCAAAAGGACAUCAAAGUGCAAGUAGAUAAAUAGGUACCACUCUGGCAGGAAGGUAAACGGCAUUUCCGUGCACUGCUCUGGUUCGCAGAAGCGGCUUAGUCAAGCUGGGCACAUGACCCGGAAGCUGUACACCGGCUCCCUUGGCCAGUAAAGCAAGAUGAGCACCGCAACCCCAGAGUCGAUCAUGACUGGACCUAAUGGUCAGGGGUCCUUUUACUUGGCUAGUUUACAGCCGCAAAGCUAUUCAGGUGGCUUGGCUGCUAUGAAGCUCAACAGGCAUGAACAAGAUUACAGCUAAAGCUGAUUAAGGUCAUAUCCAAACAUAUUCAUUCCCAUGGAAGAAUGGGGCAGAUUUUAUUAUGAAUGCCUUUGGCUACAUGCAAUAAAUUGAUUGAUUAUGACUUAAGAGUAGACAUACAUAGGUUUGUACUGCACCUGUGUUAGAGCCCAGAAACAUGGCUCUCUUUCACCUCAGCUAAACUUACAGUUUUAGUUUUCAGUUUUUUAAAUCUCCCAGGAAAUCAGCUAAACUAUAUUCUACUGCUGAACUAAAUCUGUACUUGGAGCUUUUCACUUCAAAUAUGCUAGCUUUACUCUUUCCAGACUUUACUUCUGUUAAGGCUUAUCUGUAGCUAAUCUGUCUUAAUUGCUAGAGUAGAGGUAAAAAAUUGUAAAUUGCUGCAGGAUUACCUUCUUAGGGCUUUGUUCUUAAAUCUGUUCUAACCCUGGUUUAACUUUAAUGUAAAAGUAGAGGGACCCCUGACCGUUCGGUCUAGUCACGAUCGACACUGGGGUUGCGGCGCUCAUUUCGCUUUACUGGCCGAGGGAACCAGCGUACAGCUUCCGGGCCAUGUGGCCAGCAUGACUAGGCCGCUUCUGGUGAAACCAGAGCAGCAGCGCACGGAAACACCGUUUACCUUCCCACCGCAGUGGUACCUAUUUAUCUACUUGCACAUUUACAUGCUUUCGAACUGCUAGGUUGGCAGGAGCAGGGACCGAACAAUGGGAGCUCACCCAGUCGUGGGGAUGAUUUGUGGUUUAGACCACAGCACCACCCACAUCAACUUUAAUGUAGGUUGUGCUUAAUUUAUAUGUGCACAGGUGCUUAUCUUGUUCAACUCUUUGCUGCCUUCUUGGCAUUUUGCCUUUGGGCUGUGAUAUUACAAACAAAUAAAUAUAACUUGAGGUAGGGACGUGGGUGGCGCUGUGGGUUAAACCACAGAGCCUAGGACUUGCCAAUCAGAAGGUUGGUGGUUCGAAUCCCCGCGACGGGGUGAGCUCCUGUUGCUCUGUUCCAGCUCCUGCCAACCUAGCAGUUCGAAAGCACAAAGUGCAAGUAGAUAAAUAGGUACCGCUCUGGCAGGAAGGUAAACGGCGUUUCCGUGCGCUGCUCUGGUUCACCAGAAGCGGCUUAGUCAUGCUUGUCACAUGACCUGGAAGCUGUACGCCGGCUCCCUCGGCCAAUAAAGCGAGAUGAGCGCCGCAACCCCAGAGUCGGCCACGACUGGACCUAAUGAUCAGGGGCCCCUUUACCUUUACCUUAUGAACUAAUGAGCAAUGACAGCAAGAAAAUUUUCAUAUACAGUCGUACCUUGGAUCCAAACACCUUGGUACUCGGACGUUUUGACUCCCGAACGCCGCAAACCUGGAAGUGAUCCGGUUUGCAAACUAUUUUUGGAAGCCGAAGGUCCGAUGGGGCUUCCGUGGCUUCCGAUUGGCUGCAGGAGCUUCCUGAAGCCAAUCAGAAGCCGCGCUUUCUGAACAUUUUGGAAGUCGAAUGGACUUCCGGAACAGAUUCCAUUCGACUUCCAAGGUACGACUGUACUACGGCCCCAUUCACACAUAACAAGGCAGAUUUCUAACUUACUGUGGUUUUCCGAGAAUCAGUUGUGUGUUUAUAUGGGCUGCCAGGUGGCUCUCACUUCGCUCCUCCCCUGGUAAGAACAAGACAAACCUUGGCUUUGUGUUAUCUCUGAGCUAGGGAUCAUGCUUGGCUCUCGUAACAGGCAACAAUUUCUAGCCAAACUACAGCCGUGGUUUGUUGUUGGCUUGCUGUUCAUGACUUAUUAAGGAGCAAAAAAACCCCCACAAUAUGGGCUUUGGAAAUACCCCUGGUUUAUCCCAAUCAUAUUGAGAGGCGGGGGGAAAUGAAAUGGAAGUGAUCAGGCUGUACACAGGAAUGCUCUUGUUCUCAGUUAACAGUGAUAAGCCAGAAAACCUGUGUGUGUGUGUGUGUGUGAGAGAGAGAGAGAGAGAGAGAGAGAGAGAGAGAGAGAGAGAGACUCUUUAAAACAUUACUAAAUAAUAGUGGAUCGUCCUGAACCCCUGAGCAAGGUAAUAUUAAAGAAAAUGCAAAACCAGUUCAUAACCAAUCACCUUCUUUCUGUGUUCAAUGCUUCAAGAGUUAUCUACACAUCCGCUAUUUGCCUAACUCAAUUAAGGGAGCUAUAUUUAAAAGGUUCAUCCAUACUCAUUCUGCAGGACAUAAGUCGUGCCCUUAUGCAAUUUAAAACUUUGAGCUGAUGAGUACACUUUCCAGUAUUUGCAUCGUCAUAUAUUUUCAGAAACCACAGAUGCUCAUGGUGUUUGGUUCUUCCUCCCCCCUCCCCUUGCUAGUUUUGUACUAUUGCUUUUUUUGUUGUUGUUACUAAUACAUUUUAAAGCCUUUUUAGUCCCCAAGUGGCCCACAUUUGAUUAGGUUUAUUAGAACAUUUUUAAAAACAGCAGGUUUUUUUCAUCUACUUUAUGAUUAGAAAAAACUGUUGUCCCAAAAAAUAAUAAUGGCAUGGAUCAAUACAGAAGGACGUGGGUGGCGCUGUGGGUUAAAUCACAGAGCCUAGGACUUGCUGAUCAGAAGGUCGGCGGUUCGAAUCCCCGUGACGGGGUGAGCUCCUGUUGAUCGGUCCCUGCUCCUGCCAACCUAUCAGUUCGAAAGCACGUCAAAGUGCAAGUAGAUAAAUAGGUACCACUCCGGCGGGAAGGUAAAUGACGUUUCCGUGCUCUGCUCUGGUUCGCUAGAAGCGGCUUAGUCAUGCUGGCCACCUGACCCAGAAGCUGUACGCCGGCUCCAUCGGCCAAUAAAGCGAGAUGAGUGCCAGAGUCGGCCACGACUGGACCUAAUGGUCAGGGGUCCCUUUACCUUUACCUUUUAUCAAUACAGAAACAGAAAUUCCCUAUCUAAGGCAGACAAUUUAAAGUUCUGCUGAGGGGGAUCCACGGUCAUCCUACAACCUUUGGCUAUACAGAUCUCAUAUAUUUUGAAUGGAAGGAAAUAUCAUUACCAUGGAGCCACCACAGAAAAGUCCCUAAUAUCAGUAGUGAUCAUCUCUAUUUCAGAUGGUGAUGCCACCUGCGACAAGGCCAUAUUCCAAAACUUAAAAAAUGGGGAGACAAAUGUCAGAGGAUAUGGUUACUUAAAUAUUCAAGACUUGGGCUCUAAAGCUUUAAAGAUUAACACGUUUGUUGCCAUGAGAAGAUUAACUAUGAUUUAUUAUGUUGCCAUAAAUGAUCCUUCCAUUCAUCCCUACCCCCCACCCCUGUCCCACUUCUUAACAGUUUCAUGAUAUUGUGUAGAUUGCACGGCAUAACCUUUUCUGUCCAGGCAUCAUUUUCGUCUGAACAAAAUGUCCCUCAAAAUAUUUGGACUGGGGAGAGUGAUCUUUGCAUUUUGCUGCCUUUAUGAAAGUGGGUCAUCUGUACAUGAUUAUGCUAAGCAUAAGAUUUUCAAAAAUAAAUGUCGCUCUCACUGAGAAGGCUCACUGUGAAGCAUUCUUACAAAUCAAGACUUAUUCCGCAAGUACUACUCCAGACAAGCAGGGUAAGGGUUCCUAACGUACAAUUAUUUUUAGAUACAAGGUGAAAUGUUAGACUGUCUUCCGCACCCAUGAUACCGCAUAUAUUUGAAUGAGGCCUAAAUCCUAAAAUAAGGAUUCAGUGUACUUGAUCCCACUAUGUAUAGGACUCUCAUAGUACGGUUCAGAAUUAAAGAGAAUUUCUGUAGAUAAAAGCAAAAGCAAGUACCGUAUUUUUUGCUCUAUAAGACUCACUUUUUUCCCUCAUAAAAAGUAAGGGGAAAUGUGUGUGCGUCUUAUGGAGCGAAUGCAGGCUGCGCAGCUAUCACAGAAGCCAGGACAGCAAGAGGGAUUGCUGCUUUCACUGCUCAGCGAUCCUUCUUGCUAAUCUGGCUUCUGAGAUUCAGAAUAUUUUUUUUCUUCUUUUCCUCCUCCAAAAACUAGGUGCGUCUUGUUGUCUGGUGCGGCUUAUAGAGCGAAAAAUACGGUAAAUUAAGGAGAUUUCAUUAGUUAUUAUUUCUUAAUUAUAAACAUAACGUGAUAUUUUCCCCUUUUAUUCCAGGCUGUACUUGCUGAUCUUUCGACUCUGAAAGUUAUGCCUCUUCUUCAGAUUUUUCUGUUCGCCACCGGCACUUGAUGUUCCUCCGAGCUGCUGUGCUGCACUGCUAGACUUUCAUCAGAUGCUAAUAAUAAACUAUGCAACACUUUCAUUAAAAUCAAGCUCAAACGUUAAUGGGCGGAAUUCUGCAAGAGUUAAAACUGCACUUCUCACAUGGAACCCCCCCCCAAAGGCUUUUUGCAUAUCAAGUUAGCGCUGCUGCAUGCUGCUGAAUUUUAGCCAAACUGCAGUACCUGGAUGUAAUGCAAAUCACAUAACAGCCAAUCCACCUAAGUGAUAACCCCCAAAUGCAUGUACAAUUAAAUGCACCAAAAAGGAAAUAGCGUAUAAUCAUUCUAGAGUUCAGUUCUGCCUUUCUGACGCUGUAAGGUGGGGAAAGGAUGUCUUCACUUAUAAUCUAUUAUCUAGUCACACCAUCCAUCAUCUUAAAAGUCCUGCAAUACUUGAAAAAAAAGUAUUUCUGUAAAGUAUUUAACUUUAAAAGUGUAAUAAUAACACUUCCUUUGAAAAAUCGCAGCAAUACCUCUCUUUGCAACCUUUCUAUAUCAUUCCUGAUGGAAGAAGCAUCUUGUUUUAUUGUUCUUGGCUGGAGGCCGUGGACGAGUUUAGAGUUGAAGGUGGGAUGAUGGAGGCAUCCUUUUUCUGUGACGUACUCCCUUUCCCCCUUUCCCCUGCUGUUCUCUUUGGACCAACAGGUCUUGUAAGUUUUUGAAACGCUCCAAAAACCUCCAAAACCUGUUCGUUUUGGAGCUGACAGCAGGACCAAUCGGCAACAAUUGUCCUUAUCAUAGAACCUUCUGUGCCGUGAAAGAAACUAAUCUUUCUCCUCCAGCCCUUACCAACUUAUUCUCAAGCCUUUAUCCUUGGUCCGUGUUGAUUCUGCUUUGCAAAGCUUUAUAUUACAGAUAAAAAUGCCUCGGCGCAGCUUUCUUCAGAACCUAUCAAAGCCUUUCUGAACGUGAGCCAAAGCAGUUGCUUGUGAAUGACGUCAAUAGUUUUCUCCCCCCUAGCUCCCACCUCCUCUUUAGAAGCUGAAUGUGCUGCAUCUGCCAUUUCCCUAGCCCCUGCUGGUCCAGGAACUUGUGUAUCAACUCGCUGAGUCUAAGCUCGUAUUGCUGCGUGACUUGAGUCGCGCUGCCGUCGGGACAGACAGUCUUUUACCGAUGAUGAUUCCUUGCCCCCCCUUUCCUCCAGGGAUUCCAGUAAGCCUCCCUAAAAUCCUAAUUGAUUACCAGGUUGUUCUAAUUUAACCACAUACAGCUGUUGGCCAAGAUUGGAUGUCGAGACCUCAUUCGCGGUAAAGCUGUAUCAUUGAUAUGCUGCGUUACUUUUGGCCAAUUUGUCUCACGAGGUCCACUUUGCUCUUGCAAUUCCCAGCGGCCUAAAGACGUAACUUGUAAUACUUUUUUUUCCCAUCGAAAGGAAGUUUUAUGAACAUUCCUCAGCUCCAAGUUGUUGUCUGUCAUUUGCAGUACUCAAAUCUUUGUAGAAAAGAGAACGGCAUGGCUUUUGAGCAGAUCCACAAAAUGUGUUUUUUCCCCAGCAUAGACCUUGCUGCAGAGAAACUUGCACCAGGGACUUUUGAGAGUCACUUGUCCACUUGAUACGUGUGGCACUCUCAUCAUCCAGAUUUUGAGCUGUCAGCAAAGCUGAAAAAUGAUUUCAAGUCCAAAUUUAAAUUUAUGCUCUGUUGCAUGUAAGAUGGUGGCUACCUACACUGAUAUUUGCCCAUUUUCCAAAAGUGUAUUUUAAAGGUUGAGUUGAAUAAUUUAAAAGUAUUUAUUUAUUGUACUGUACACAGCCUUUCUGUUGUUGUGAAGCUUCCAUUGUAUUGACCUUGGAGCUUAAUUCCUCCUUUUGUUAACUGAAAUAAUAAAAAUGGUGUUUUCUUUCAUAAUAUAUAUGCUGGCUGCAGAAUCUGUUGUUCAGUUUUGGGAUACAGUGGUACCUCAGGUUACAUACGCUUCAGGUUACAUACGCUUCAGGUUACAGACUCCGCUAACCCAGAAAUAGUACCUUGGGUUAAGAACUUUGCUUCAGGAUGAGAACAGAAAUCGUGCUCUGGCGGCACAGUGGCAGCAGGAGGCCCCAUUAACUAAAGUGGUGCUUCAGGUUAAGAACAGUUUCAGGUUAAGAACAGAC